AUGACCUGUGGAAAGGUAAAUAUUAAAUGGUUUUGCUGUUUAUCUGAACAGAAUAUGUGAGCUGAAUAUAUCCACCCUGGGAAUAGUGUGUGUGUGUGUGUGUGUGUGUGUGCGCGCGCGCGCGCACGCACAGGAAAUUAAGAUGCUAUUAUUUUGGCAUUUUUAGCUUUCAACAGAACAGGAAAUAAAUUAAACACAGGCAUAAUGUGAGGCAUCAACCCAGCAGCCCCUCACAAACCAACCCAUACAGUCUAGACCACAGUGUGCCAUAACAAGAGCUCAGGCUACAUGGCAGAACAGUUACAGAGCAAACAUCUUGAAGUGGUUUUUAACUGGCAGGAACAUAAAUUGUAGGGAUUUACAGUCAUACCUCUUGUUACGUUUGCUUCAGGUUGCGCGUUUUCAGGUUGCAUCCCGUGGCGACCCAGAAGUACCGGAAAGGGUUACUUCCGGGUUUUGCAACUCACACAUGUGCAGACAGGGCAAAUCACGACAGGGCAAAUCACAUGUGCAGACAGGGCAAAUCACAGGUUGCGAAUGGGGCUCCGGAAUGGAUCCUGAUUGCAACCAGAGGUACCACUGUACUGCUAAGAAACUACAUUUUGUAUAAAUCUCCACAGCUACUUAAGAACAUAAGAAAGAGCCUGCUAGAUCAGGCCCACAGCCCAUAAGCAGAACCUAAGCACAAGAGUACUCUGCCCACUUGUGAUUCCCAGCAACUGACAUUUAGAGGCAUAAUGCCUCAGUCAGUGGAGGCAGAACAUAUUUCCGUCAUCACCACAGACUGCCCACCUUGUAGAGAUACAGACAAGCAUUUUUGAGGCUACAGUGCUAUAGACACUUACUUGGAAGUAAAGUCCACUGCAUUCAAGGCAGGAGUUCAGAGCAGAAGUCCAGGACCUCGUUGAGCACAAUGGGCUGGGAGAUCCUGAAACACCUCAAGAUUGGCUUAACACAUUUUGAAUUAACCGAGAGUGUCACACAUUGCCAUCUAAAGAGGAGACCUGCCAUAACAUAGAAUCAUACAGUUGGAAGGGACACUGAUGACCAUCUUGUCUUGCAAUGCAGGAACCCCAUACAGGGAUUGAACCUGCAAUCUUGGAAUGGUCAGCCCCAUGCUCUAACCAACUGAGCUAUGUUCAGAGGUUUCACUAAGGCCUCAGUCCUACAAACAUUUAUAUUCACAGUAAAUAUGUAUAAGUGUGUACGAUGAGUCCAGAAUAAAAAGAGUAAAAAGGAAUUUAGCAAGUAAACAGGCUUUCAAGUAAGUAUGCAUCCAUUCUGGUUGUAAGACUAUUGAAACUGGUGGGAGCUGCAAGAUUAUGACCAGAUAUUAGGGAUACUCUCACAGUUGCCUCCUCUGUAUUUUCCUUUCACAUUUUAAGGUGCCAAUAGAUCAGCUUCUGAUGGGAAACAGGAUGAAUUACCCUCAUAUUAGAGUUGCAUGGACCCAUUUACUUUCUUCAUGCUUUGAUUUCUGGACCACUGAACAAAUUGUUUGCCAGAGCUUUUCAUAUCUUUUGUUCAACUAGAUUUCCUUUUACAUUUGCUAGUUGUACUGUGAAUAUUAAAAUACUGAGCAUUUAAUAAGAAUAUUAAAAUACUUCUUUAAAGAUGAAAAAAAUCAACAUAAGAUGGUAUGCUCACAAUUACAUCAAUUAUCCUUUUAGCUAACAGAAAGGUCCUGACACUAGUUCCUAUGUUCAUGCAGAUCGAACUGUGCAUUGUUCCACAUUCGUUCAAUUAAUGUAAAGGAUCCAAGUAAAUUGAGUUGAAGACAGCAUUAACAAUGUUAACUGUAGAAGGAGAGAUUUUGGGGGCAGGGAAGCAAGUGGCAUGCUUGAAAUUUAGGUUUAAAAGGCAGUCUUACAUUAGACACCUAUGUUUUAGCUUUUACAUUAGUGGGACUUUUCCUUUUAUUCCUGUAUGGUUUGUUGAAAGAAAGAAAGAAAGAAAGAAAGAAAGAAAGAAAGAAAGAAAGAAAGAAAGGGCGAAAGAGCUUUUACUUGAUGAGCACUAGCAAGCUGUAGGAAACUUAGAAUGGAGAUAUAGAUCAGCACUAGCAAGCAAGCAGGUCAGGCUUUAAAUGGGGAACCAUGCACAAUUACACCCAUUCCCAGCAUUCCUAGUGCAGUCUUUUAAUAUUAAAAGGAAGAAUGUGUGUAUAUGUACAUCCGAUUACUUUAAAAAAAAAAUAUGUGCAGUUUUAAAUGAAUGGGGAGCAAUGCGCACUGGGAUCUUGGCCAACAUAUGACUUUAUUGAUUUAUUUAAAAAAUUUAUACCCCACUUUCAAUCAAGUUAUUCUCAAGAAGACUUAUAAGCAACUGAUAAACUGAUUUAAAAAACCCUUACGCAUGAACAUGCAAGUUCAUAUGUAUUCAUGGGGGGGCUGCCCUCCCCCAUGAAUGAAUUAAUGGGGGGUGUCUAUGAGAAGGUAGUGGUGGUAAAUGAGAUGCAAAGAGUUUUCCCCAACCUGGAUUUUUUUAAAACCACACAUCAGAUUUGAGGGUUAGGGAUGGGUGGAGGAUGAAGGAAAUGAAAUGAUGUUGACAUUGUCAAGGCGUCCCCCAUCUCUGCCAGUUUUACCAGUGAUCAAACACUAUAGGCCACAAACGACAGUGCAGAAAAGUCGACCCAAACUGCCUGACUGUUAGCAACAGUCUUAGAGACGUAGUCACACAGGGCACAAUGUGCCAGAGGUGGAAAAUGGGCUUGAUAUUUUGCUGACAGUUAUCCAAACUCUGGUAAUCUCCUGUUCAGAUGAUUGCAAUAUGUUAUACAUGUGGCUGUUUUUGAAGAAGGUCCAGAAGUGUCAGUUAGUGUGAAACAGGGUUGCAAAAAUUCUGACUGGGGCAGAUUGUACAGACCAUAUUUCACCAGUUCUAACAGAACUUCACCAGCUGCCAAGUAGCUUGUAAAACCAAUUCAAAAUCUGGUGCUUACAUAAGCAGCUCUAAAUGGUAUAUUAAGGGUUCAAGUACCUAAAGGAAUGUAGACACCUGUAUUAGCCUUUAAGGUCACCAUCUAGAAUCGUUCUCAAAGUGUCUCUUUUACUGGAAGUAGGGAUGGGUGAAACUGUCAAAGUCACUUUCUCUCAGUUCCCAUAUUUUUCCAGUUCUGAUUUCAGCAUUUCUACACCAGUUUUGUUUAAAGUCCUCCUCAUAAUUCAGCAGCAUUUUAGUGUGUAUCCAAUUCUCCCUAAUAGAAAAUUUUUCACAAAGCAUUUUUUUCUAACAUAAUGCAUUUUAUGCUCUUGAAAAUAUGCAUUUUGGUGCACACUUUACCCAGAUAUAUACAUUUCUGUACAUGUCACUUGGUUGGAGAACUGCAUUGCAAAAUUCAGAGAAGUGCAAAUUUCAAAGAAUGACUCUGUUUCAGUUCACAUAUUAUUUCAGGAAGUGCAAAUUAGGUAGGUUCACCUUCAAAUGAGAGCAGAAACAGUUUUAAGAUGAAUAAAAGUGUGCUCUCUCACACACACUUCUCUUUUCUCCCCUCUUUCUCUCUUUCUGCCUUCCCAAAGAAGUUUCAGUUGUGACAGCCUAGUUAUAGAGGGUCAUCCCCAAGGAGUCAUGAAUAACAUCAACAUUAUUUUAUAUUAGGCACAAGACUGAAACUUUGUUAUUCACUCAGAUGUUUUAACUAUUCUUGUCAGUUCUUGAUGAAGGGAAGAAUAGAAUUGUUUUAUUAAAUAAAUGUAUUUCCCUGCACUGGAUGGAGAAGAUAUGGUGACAUUGCACAUACCUGAUGCUGUUGCAAAACUGACAUACCUUGUGUACUUCAUUUGCUAGAGCACAUAUCUCCAACAUAAAUACAGUGUUUCUACUGAAGUUGUUGUUAAUGAGAAGGCCAAAAUAUCCAGGACCUCCCUGUGCGCAGUUGAGGAACCACAAAGGUGUUGGUCAGGCUGCAGUACAAAUCUUGUUGUAUAUUACAAUUACAAUAUAGAAGUUAAAGGGACUACUGCAAAACAGAGUUAAUUCUACUAGGUAGCCAUUACUGAUAAGUAUUUGUCCAACAAUGAUUAUGAGCAGGAGAAAUAAGCAUUCUUCCCCUGGGACCACCUUUUUCACACAGUUCGGGAGUUGCAAGUCCAAUUUAUUGAAAUGGUAUUUAUGUAUGUGUAACUGUGAAAGAUCAUAGCUCAAGAUAAUUACAGCACAAGUCCUCCUUUCAGGGAAAAUGUCUACACCAUCUGUUUUACUUUGACUCAAUUUGCUAAGGUCCAAUUAAGAAACAUGUUUAAGUCAACAACUCUUUUUUUCCCAUUCAGUCAAGACAAAUGAAGACAGCCCUAUUCCCCCUGGACCCUGUUCAUAUUUUUUCAAACAACUUUGCAAAUGAAUUUGAAAAUCUGUGCACCAACCCAUCUACCGUUCUCUCUACAUUUGAAAAGUAAGGUAAAUAAGACUCUUGAUACAUUUUGAUGCCAUUGUUUUGAUGGGAGUUGGAGAUAAAGGCAAGAUACUAAUAUGAUACAUCUGAAGGAUGAGUGCAGGAGUAAAUCAGACUAGGAAGUGGUCAGUCCACACAUACUCUACCUGCACCCGACAUAUAUACCAGGAUGUGGGGGUUAGCACUUCUUCCCAUAUUUGUUAAUUAGUGGUACAGUGGUACCUCGGGUUAUGUACGCUUCAGGUUACAGACUCUGCUAACUCAGAAAUAAUACCUCGGGUUAAGAACUUUGCUUCAGGAUGAGAACAGAAAUCGUGUGGCAGCGGUGUGGCAGCAGUGGGAGACCCCAUUAGCUAAAGUGGUGCUUCAGGUUAAGAACAGUUUUAGGUUAAGAAUGGACCUCCGGAACGAAUUAAGUACGUAACCAGAGGUACCACUGUAUAGUGGAACAAGGACAUGGGGAAAACGCAGCAGAACACAGCACUAGAACAUUUUUCUGAUUGACCAGACUGCCAAGGUCACUGACAGCCUCUCCUGGUUUUGGCAACUGAAUGAUACAUCUUUCAAUGCUUAUUAUUGUUUGUAACAUAUUAGUAUAGAGAAAACCAGGAAAUUACUUCCAGCUUCUUAUUCUUAUUUCUAUAGUGCCCUUCAUCCCAAGACCACAGGGAGGUUUACAAUACGAUUCUAUGACUGUCAGCUCAUACUAAUGAAUUUGUAUUUUGCUAGGUACUGCCUCUCUCUCUCUCUCUCUCUCUCUCUCUCUCUGGGUGUGUCUGUCUCUUUCUGUGAGUGUGUGUACAAUAUAUCAGCACAGCUGCAUACAUUUUUGGACUUUCCACUGAGAUGUGCUUUCAUGAUGAGCUCCAGUACCACUUCAUCACUGAUACUAAUCUGUACGUGAUGUAAGAGUCUAAAUGUCUACAUACUUGCUUUCAUGACAGGAGGCGCAGAAUGACUGGGAUCAGGCACGUAAGACCAGCCCCCAUGCAUACUGUACAUUUAAAGUACUAUUAUAUCACUUCCAACAGUCAUGGUGUCUCCCCCAAGAACCUUGGAAGCAGAAAUUUGUUAAGAGUGCUGAGAGUUAUUAGAGAGCUGUUCACCUCAAAGUGCUGCAGUUUCUAGAGUAGUUUAAAAAUAAAAUUCUCUUCCCAGGGAACUCUAGCUAAAUUUAGUCCCCCCCCCCAUCUAUGUUACUGUUAAGUUCUAUAAAUAUAAAUGCCACACUGAGACUUAGAAGGAGGGGGGAGCUGGGAGGCAGCACCACCUCCUAAAUUUGCUGAAAGGAAGAAGGUAGGAAAGUCUGCUCAUUGAGGGCAGUCUGAAUGGGGCAGUCUGAAUGAAUUAGUCUCUGAUGGGAAACAGGGUGAAUUGCGUGUCCAGACGUGACAGCCCCAGCCCCCAGGGAAAGUGGGAAAGGAAAUAAAGACUCUGGCAAUGUUAUGGAAUUAAAAUUAGGCCACAACUUUAUUAAACUUCUGAAUGUAGGAAUACCUUGGCUUAGGCCUUGGGCGUGUAUCCCUCCCAGCCCCACAGCCAGCGAACUGGGGCACAUCAGGGUAAAUGGGAUAUGGGGGUGCUCUGCGUGAUGUAAGUGUAGGCAGGCAGCCGAGCCCAUAUCCCCGCACGCAGGGUAAUUCACUGACAACCUUUCAGUGUAUGGCCAGUGACACCCAUUUAUGUAACCCGUUUAAGAGGGGAUCCUGGAAUCGCAGCUGCAGGGGGGUCAGUCACCACCACCACCCCAUUGCAGGGAAGAAAAGACUAAAGGAUUCCACCCAAGGCCAUAACCGCCAAAGUUGUGACAAAUUGCUACGGGGAAGAUACAACCUGCCAAUGCAGGAAAAUUUCUUCCCGGUCCUUCAACAGCAACCAGUCAAAGACCGAAGCAGCACCCGCUAAACAGGAAGAAAAAGUUAACCUGUAAACAAGAAACAUUAACAAAGGGAGGGUGAAUCUCCAGAGCUGUCUGCCUGGCUAAUACCAGCUCCCCCCCCCCUAUUUAUAAUGGUCUGGCCCCAUUUCCCAGGAAACAAAACUUAAAUCUGAGGCUGGGCAUGAACCUCUGAACCACUGAGAAGCAGGCCAGCCCCCUUCUACUAGCACGUUCCCUGGGAACUGUAGCACCGCACACGAUCCCGCAAAAGGCACCCACAAUAUAGUGUGAGUGCUCAUUAGCAGACUUUGACCUUAGAAUUGGUAGUUCUGAAAUCAGAACUUCUGAAAUCAGAAUAAUCUCCACUGAUGAACACUUCAGUUUUGCAAAGAUAAAGUCUGAUUCUUUGACAGCUCUUUUUCAAUAAGGCAGACUUUCCAUAUUUUUGUGACGCAUUUAGAAAUAAAGCCAGACCGUGCUAGCCAUGUCUAAAGAAUCUCAGUUGCUGAAUAUUAUUUAGAUCCCAUACUCUUCAGUUUUUAUAAGACAAGUUAUUACAGACAGUAAAGUUGGGUUCAGAAUUCACUUACCUGUCAUUUCCAUUAACUGCUACCAGUCAGAGUGAUAAUUUUUACAGUGAUAAUUUUACUGCAAAAUAAUUCAAGAGGGUCCAGUAAUUUUGCAAUUUCUUUAUCUUUUGUAUCACAAGUUUUAUUUUCAAUCAUAGGAAGCUAAUCUCUCUCCAUUUGUCUUCACUGAACACACUAGCAAUUGGAAGCAUAAGCUAAGUAGAAACUUCAGUUUUGACAUCAACAUUAUUUCCAGACUUUCUGUGCAAUACAUUCCUUUUUAUUGGGGUGUUCAAUAAACUGUUUUGUUUUUUUUAACCAACCAACCUGCACACAAAAUUACCUUUCCUUCAGCAGUUUUGAUCCAUCUCUCCACUACCACCCCAGCCUAGAUAUCAUCCUGGGUGUUUUUGGUGUGUGUUUUUUUUACUUCUGAGUCUUUUAUCUGUGAUUCUGGCUCUCAUCUUUUACAGAACCACAACAAGUUGCUGGAAUGAACAUAAGCUAUCACUUGAAAUCAUUCAUUUUUCCACAGAGCUUAUUUCAAGCAGAAUCCUUCUACUCAGACCAUCUACUAAUAAUCUGUAUCAUAAGAGAAGGGAAAAGAAGGAGAGGGGGAGACACACACACACCGAGAGAGAGAGAGAGAGAGAGAGAGAGAGAGAGAGAAAUUGAACAGAAACCAGAAUUAAGCUGUUUAUAAAAAGAAAUUAGCUUUCUUGGCCAAUUUGAAUUCACCCAUUUUUGUUCAAAAUGAAGUUCUUAAAGAUACUUUUACUUCUCCCUGUUACAAUAUUGUGGCUACAAAGUGUGAUUCAAGCUCAUGAUAAUAAAAUUUCACAGCAGCCUAAGAUUACUUUCUCAGAGGCUCUAGGUGAGCCUAUGCAAUAGGGGACUAAGGGAAACCUAUCCUAUAGGGCUGUACAGCUGAACUACCCCACCCCGUGCCACCCUACUUCAGGAACCCCCUGUGACAAAUUUCCACCAAAAGAGUGAUUUCCAUUUUUUUGUUCAUCCUUAAUGGAUACAUGGAACCAUUUUGUCACACUUGUAUACAAUAUUUUAAGAGAUAUUUUUAUUUUAAAAUUCUAUAUAGUACUCAUAUAUUAGCUCUCUCUCUGUGUGUGUAGUAUUUCUACUGUAUUUUAAUGUAUUUCCUUAUUUCUGCUCAAGUAAAUUUCACUUGAACUAGCCCAGGUAUUGUUUCAAUCCUGCUUGAGCUUGUUUUAAGUGAGGCGGUGUGUGUGUCACAGGCAUACAUUUGGAAGUGAUCAGCAAAAAGUAAGUGACAUUGUCUCACCAUUUGCUACUAGCCUCCGAUAUUGUGAUUCUUUCCCAAGACAUCAGUGGCUGCAACUGACUGCUUGUUUCUUAGGUUCUUAUUCAUUUUGGUGUCACUGAUGACAGUGUCUCGUCUCAAGCGUAUCACUGCACUCAUGACGGCUGCCAGAUUUCUUGUUAGGAAACACUGUGGUUUGCUUUUGGCUCCAAAUCUGAGAUCACCACAAAAAGAAACAAAUAUACUUUUACAUUCAUGACUUACAAUUAAACAGAUAAAGUUUCAGCAAGACUGAGGGAUAUCAUCAACAACAGCAAAAAUGCCCCAGUGUUAUUCUGAUGAACCACUGCAUUGGGCUUAAAGAGAGUUUUUAAACAAAUAUAUUGACUCUGUGUCGCGGAGGGUGGGACUGGCUGAUCUUAAAAAGUUUCAAGAUGAGCCAGAACUUGGAAGCAGUCUGAUGAUAAUUAAGGAAGAAGCCUCCGUGGUUAUGAAUGAGUUUCCGUCAUCGCUGGUAUUCCCGGCAUCUUCUAGUCCCACCCAACCAUCCCAUCUAUCACCUCUGAAAAUUUAAUUAACAGACUGUUUAUCCCACUUCUUAGAUCACUAAAUUCAGGAAGGAUGAUGCUGAAAUAUUGAUUGCCGGCACUCUAAUUGAUAGCUCUUCACCAAACUGAAUGCACUGUUGUUUUUCAUUAACCUUUACUUUAGGUUUCUAAGCUAGUUUUCAACUUGUGUGACAAAGUGUCCCUCUAAGUCAAUUUGAAUAGGAGCUUCAAGUAAAACUGCUGUGCCAUGCUUUAUUUGCCCCAUUUGCUGUUUCUCUAUGACCCAGGACCAAUAUACUAUGGAUUGAAUCUAGAACAAGACUGCACACAAUCCUAUACAACCUUACAAGGUAGUAAGUGCCAUUGAACUCAUUUCUAGGUAACGUGCCUAAGAUGGCAUCUUAAAUAGGUGGAGCCACUGAAAUCAGUGAAACAAGUUAUGAAGGACUUAUCUCCCAAGGCUUUUAAUGGGAAGAGACCCAGUAAAAGGAGGAUAUCAACUUUUAUUUCUUUGCCUUGCAAAGCAAAACCAGCAUCUCACCAUAUUCUGAAGUCCAGAAAACCACAGUAAAAUUCAAUUUAUCUGAGUGGUUGGAUGGAGCCCGCAGUGGGUAGGGAGCUGGGGUUUAGGACUACACUGAUUUGUACCAGGAGUGUUCAAUAACUAUACCAGGAUUGACUAACUAGUGUUAGAUUGCAGCUCCUCUCAUCUCUGACCAUUUCCCAUGCUGCCUGAGGCUGAUGGGAGUUGGAGUUCAACAACAUUUGAACAGCCACAGGUUAGCCACACCUGUACUGUGGAAAGUUCUGCCAUGCUGUUAUCAAUCUUAGCAGUGCUGUUAUUUUUUACCUCUGUUUCAGUUUUCAGCUUCUGUAAGAAAGGUCAUCUCUGAGCCAAUUUAAACAGGAGCAACAUUUUCCGUUUUCAAUAUUUGAAUAACCCUUUUUAAAUAAUUAGCUGCAUAAAUAAUUAGAUAAUUGGAAUAAAUAUAUUCAUAAAGUUUUAAUUACAUAUAAGUAGCUACAUAGAUAGAGGAUCUUUUGAAAGAAAUGUAUCUAUAUAGUUUUCACUUAAAGCAUUAAACUGUGAAAAACUGCAUAAUAGUUCUGUAUCUUUUUAUUUGAUAACAACAACAAUUUAUUACUUAUACCCCGCAAGGCCUCCCCAGCCACUCUGGGCGGCUUCCAACAGAAUAUUAAAAACACAAUAAAACAUCAAGCAUUAAAAACUUCCCUAAAAAUAACUACUAUACAAAGCUAACCAAUAAAUGCAUAUUGAUUUAUGUUUAAUGUUUUCAUCUUCAAAAUAAUAUUGUGUAGUAUAUUGACAGAAAGAACUGAAUCUAAAACAGUGAUGCUUUCCAGAAAAUUUCUCACUACUAUAUUUUCCCACAAUUUCCCAUGAAAUUUUAUUUCAGAAUAACUGCAGGCUCCCAAGAAUCUUCUGUACUCGUACAUUUUUCAUUUGCAUCUUCUUGUUUUUCCUAAGCUAGAAUUUAUUAGAGAUAUGUUUCCUGUGGAGAGAUUCUUACUGAUAAUAGUAUGGCAGCAAUCAAGUGUAACCAAUUAAAACUUUAUUACAACGUUUACAAACAGAAACAAGAUGAACUUAUCCUUAGAUGUAGGCUGAACCCCAUACACAUUUAUUAGGAAGUAUAUCCCAUUUGAACUCAAUGGGUAUAACUUUUGAGUAAAUCAAACUGCACUGAAAGUGUAUUAAUUUCAAAUGUCAUAUAACUACACUAUCUGCUUAAUUACUGUCCAUGUAUUAAAAAGGGAUAAUGCGAUAAAUAAUGUAAUAAAAAUGGUUUUCUGUCCCCUCAUAAGAAGGCACACCAGCCUAUCUCUUCUGAAAGGAUGGUGUCUAUAUUUAAGUCUCCCUGAUCCAUCAUGGCUGAUAGAAGGGCAGAGAGAAGUCAUUCAGAGAUGAGCCUUUUUGAAGUCCAAGCACAUGAGAGCUUCUCUAUUACUUUCAAUAUCCUACAAAAGGAAUCUUUUAUUUCUUUGUUCAGGAGCUGUACUGGAAUUGCACAGGAGCUAGGCACGUCUCUCAAAUUUACAUUGACCUAUCAUUCAUCUAGACUUUUCCAACAAUAAGAUCUUUGUACAUAGCUUUCUUAUAAAAGUGUAGCUUCUUGAAAUGUAACCAUGAAAAAGAUGGCAUCUGAGAAGUCAUUAAGAAGUGCAUUUUGACAUUUAUCCCUCAAAAAAAGAGCCAGAAAUCUGCUGGUGUAAACAACAGUGAUAAUGCCAGAGUAAAUGACAAUAGAUGCAAUUGGACAUGAUGGUUUGGUGUCCUGCAUCACUGUUUAUACAGUUAUACCUUGGAUCCCAAAUGCCUUAGUACUUCCAACAGUGCCUGGGCAGACUACCCAGAGUCAACAUCCACCUUACUACUGGCAGUGGGCCCAAGAGCCCUACCAUCUCCACCAUGGCCCACUACCUGAGAACUCCAGCCAGUGAGCCAUUUGGCUGAGCUGGCUUAAUGAAAGGCACAAUGUAUAUUUUAUGUGUAUUCUAAUGAACUGAACAGAGUGAAAGAUUAUGAGUCAUGGGGACGUAGAGUGUGAGUGUGUGAGAACUCAACAGUGCUUCUCUUAUUGUUUAUCACUUGCUAUUUUGUUAAUGUUGUUAAUAUUGUUUUAUAGUUUACAAAUGCCAUAUUGAUUUGUUAAUCAUAUAUAUGAUGUAAUUGUGAUGCUUAACUUACAGUGGUACCUCAGGUUAAGUACUUAAUUCGUUCCGGAGGUCCGUUCUUAACCUGAAACUGUUCUUAACCUCAAGCACCACUUUAGCUAAUAGGGCCUUCUGCUGCUGCCCUGCCGCUGGAGCACAAUUUCUGUUCUCAUCCUGAAGCAAAGUUCUUAACCGGAGAUACUAUUUCUGGGUUAGCGGAGUCUGUAACCUGAAGCAUAUGUAACCUGAAGCGUAUGUAACCUGAGGUACCACUGUAUUUUUAUUUGCACUUCGAGGACCUCAAUUAACCCCCCAGAAAUAAAUUCACACAGACUCAAAUUUCAGUUUAAAAUUAAUGGGCAAAUUUUAGGACACAACUUUAUUGAUUACACAAUGUGAGCGGUAUUGGCUUAGGCAUUGACAAACUAAAACUGACCCCUGCUCACCCCGCAGGAAGUCUGGAAGGGUAAACCAAACGAGGGAGCUAUAUUGAUGCAAAUUGGCUAUAGCUCACCCCGGGGUUCCUGGGAUCCUGGCAUGGCCCUAGCCCCUCAAGCGGACUUCGGACAAGAUUCAUAACUCCCAGAUUCCUUUAACGGAAUACACUUUUUUAAGGAGGGGCAGGUGAUGGCCGCACCUCCCCUCCCCCAACCACAACUAAGUCAAUGCUUAACCGCCAAACCUUACAAAGUUGUGACGAUUGCUGGGAGGUAGGUGAAAACCAAAUGGCCAGUGCCAAUCUGCCAAGUGGACAAAAUUCCUACCAGGCCCCUGCCACAAAACAGGCAACCAAUCAAAGUCCCAAGCAAGGUCAAAGCACAGAAACCAAAGAGGGCGGGUGGGCAGGUGUUCGGCAGCAUGAAGCAAGUGGCUCUGACAUGUCGUGCUGCCGUUUAUAAACCGUCCCCCUCCCACAACUUGUGAAACAACCUGAUUGGAUGCUGGAACUGGGGCGAUCAAGAGACUGCCCCAGCAACGCCGGGCUAAGCCCUGCCUCCAGAUGCCAUGGGGGCCCCAAGGUCCAGAGCGCAAGCAGGACCCUCCUUGAAAAGGAUCCUAUUUGAUGCUUUAUUAAUAGUGUUUUAUAGAUUAGAUUGUUAAUUAUUUUAUAUGAUUUAUGCUGUAUUUUUGAUGUUAUGUUAUUGUUAUUUAUUGUUUGUAAGCCCCUUUUAGAUUAAUUUGAAUGAAAAGCAGCACAGAAAUACAUUAUACAUCAAAUCAAAUGGAAAUCCAGCAUUUAGAUUUGGUCACCUAGUGGUUUAUAUGCUGGGAUCAAUUGCCUAAUGAUCAAAGAACUCUCUAAAUAUGAGCCUUUCAGAUCAGUAUAAAGUUCUCCAUUGCAUUAGCUCAUUAAAGGGGAUGGGGUCGUACAACAAAGGGUUGUAUCUGAUGUUAGUCAUACUCAAAGUAGAUCCAUCAAAAUUAAUGCCUAUGACUAUCUUAGCUUCAUUGAUUUAAAUGGGCUUACUCUGGGUAGAUCUUUGUUGGCUAUAACCCAAGGUUUCUGUCAUGGAGUGUAGAUUUCAAAACUCGUUAUUCCAAGUGAAAAAAUAGCAUACAUAUGUUUUAAUAAAUGAUGGCUGUAAACCAAGCUGUUCCAUUUCGGAAAGUUUUAUUUACAUAAUAUUUCUGAAUACUUAUUGCCAUGGUAACUAAAACAACCAUCACAUACACGUAAAAUGCAAUAUAACGUGGAGCCAUCAGUGAUGGUGCUUUGUGAGUAUGGAAUUUGUUUUGUGAAGCAGAGUUUAGAAACCUAAGAAAUCAAGUUUCUAGCCCCUACAUUUUUUCUUAUAUAUCAGAUAUUUUUAUACAGUCCUAAAAUUUUAGAAUGAACAUUAUUGCCUUUUGCAAAAGACAAAUGAACUUAAAUAGAUACUUAGCUGUGCGGUGCAACUGAGUACCUUUUUCCUGGAACGGUUUCCUACUGAAAACCGUCAUGGUAUAGCCUUGAUGCGGUAUUAAUAGUUUGAAACUUAUAUAGAUGUAAUAGAGGAGAUGAAGAAAUUUUUUGGUGUUUGGCGAGACUGUUAUUGCCAUGUUUCUAAUUCUUACGUGCUGCCACUCUCCUGAGAAAAUGUUAUAAGUCAGUAGAAUGAUGAAACUGACAAAACCAAGUUGCAAAGCAGCUCUGGCCUGAUCAGUUUCAAAAGACACUUUGCAGAUAUGUGUAUAUCCUCUCAACACAUCUUAAGGUGAUAAAUAAGUAUAUUAGAAUCCAUUAAAAAUAAAAUGCACUGAAGUGCUAAGAAAACCAGAUGAUGUGCUGUUGCAUGAUGCCAUAUUUGUCCCACCUGCAAUUUUCUUGAGAGCUAUUGGAUGUCAUCAGUCCCUCUUACUCCAGGGGAACUGAACCUGUAUAGCAAGCAAAAGACCACACACUAGCUGAUGGUAAAAGGAAAAGUGCUCUCUGUCACCUUAUAAAUACUAUACUAUGCGAAAUAGACUCUAGCAUACUUGGCCACAUUAUGAUGGAACCCGGGCAGAGUGCAGAUUCAGAAGUGGAUCCCUGUCCUAUCCACACCUGUCUGGCAGGUGCUGAUUGAGUGUGUCCUCUUUGGGAUCCCCAUUUCCAUCCCUAAGAACAAACACUCUGACUUCUUUGCCAUUCUGUCUAUCUUACCUAUCUGAUAUAUCAUGCUCUAGUACUUCCCAAUCUUUCGGGUACUUUGUCUCAUUUCACUUCCCUAGCAUUUCAGCAAUAUCUUAAAGACUAUUUACUUUGCAUUAAGUCUCUUCAAAAUCAUUUGUUGGAAGUUUCCUAGAUACAUUUGUUUAAAAGAAUAUAAAGGAUAAAACAAAUCUGAAACUAUCAGCAUCUUCAGAGGUUUGCUGCAAAAUGAUUCUGAUUUUAGCCAUUUAUAUUACAAUUUACCCCUCUCUGCAUUUGGUAAAUAAAUGAGGUAACUGAUGCCUGAGGUUAUUUUCGGUAUGCUUUAUGCUUUAGUCUAUUGUGAAGCUUUGCCAAUUCUCUUUUCCUCCUUUUAUUGAGGUUUUUCAAGGCUUGUCAACUCCUGCAGCUACUAUGGGCUAGAUUUUGAACCAUCUGUGCUUUAUCACAGAGUCCUUUUGUAUGUUCCCUAAGGUAUGCCUGGUUGGCAUAUUAUCCUUAAUGGAAGCUCUCUUCCAACAUAUUGAUGGAUUAUAGUUCACCUUUUAAGUUUAUAUGGCACAACCCUUCUACCGUCAUCCUCCAAGGGAAGGGGGAUGCUGAGCUCCCUGCAGAGGAUGAUGCCAAGAAAACUUUUAUUGGGACACUACAAUGAUUUGAAAAAUUAUUCCAUUCAUAAGAUACCCUAGAAUAAUGAAUUAAUUCAGUUCAUAAGCUGUCUGAUAACAAUGGGAAAACCACAACUAGAUAAAAUACCAUGUAAAUGAAGGAAAAACAGAAUUGUAAUACCAAACAAAUAAAUUUAAAACAAAAGCAGGAGUGUUACAACAAUUAAAAUAGAGGGCUAAAACAUGAAACCACAGUGUUAAAAUGUUGUUAAACCACAGCAUGAUAAGCACUAUAAAAGCCUGAGUAAAUAGAAAAGUAUACAAAAGCAUUAAUAAAGUAGGUGCCAGGUAAGUCUCUCUGGGGAGGAUAUUAGGCAUCUCUCCACUGAGUCUGAAGUCAACUUUUUGCCUUCAGGUCAAGCAAACGAUGGGCAAUUUUUGUCUGCAAUAUGGCUGACUUAUGUCAACAGAGGAUUUAGCCUCUGGCCAGGUGCAGCCCAGGUUACCUACUGUCUGGCAUCUAUGUCCCAGAAACAGCUCUGUUAGCUAAGAAUUUUUUAUAUAGCACAGUAACAGCGAAAAGAUGUCUUCCCAGGCAUUUUGGAGGGUGUGUAGAAAGACAGAAGCAUUAUUUCCCCAGGCUAUUUUGCGUAUGAGUUACAUACUGCUAGAGAUUUCUGAGUUAAAAAUAAUAAUAAUAUAUAUUUGUAUGGAUGGUAGAAUCUGUUAAUUGCCAGUACUCUCCGUUCCUUAUUUUUCCAGUCCUAAAUUCAGUUCUCCAUAUUUCUGCAUCAGUCUGCAUGUUUUGUUUUGUUUUAAAAAAGUCCUCAUGAAAAUUCAUCAGCAGUUUUGUGUGAACUUCUACAGGUGGCACAAUAGCUUGGUGUGUCUGGCUUUUAACCAGAAGGUUGGUGGUCCAAGCCUACGCAGAGACAGCUGUGGGCAGGAUUUCUGCAUUAUGGGGGGGGUGGCACUAGGUGACCCUCCAGGUCCCUUUCAACUCUACAGUUCUAUGAUUCUAUAGCGUCUCCACCCCCAACGUUCUUCCCGGACACUGAGGUCUAGCGCCGAGGGUCUUCUGGUGGUUCCCUCGCUGUGAAAAGCCAAGUUACAGGGAACCAGGCAGAGGGCCGUCUCAGUAGUGGCACCCGCCCUGUGGAACACCCUCCCAUCAGGUGUCAAAGAGAAGAACAGCUACCAGCUACUUUUAGAAGACAUCUGAAGGCAGCCCUGUUUAGGGAAGCUUUUAAUGUUUAACAGACUAUUGUAUUUUAAUAUUUUGUUGGAAGCCGCCCAGAGUGCCUGGGGAAAUCCAGCCAGAUGGGCAAGUUAUGAAUUAUUAUUAUUAUUAUUAUUAUUAGUUUUUAAGAAAUUUUGCCUAAUAUGCACAUUUUUUCCAGAACAAUUUUCCCUAUUACAAUUCAUUUUGUAUGUAAUUUUUCAACAAUAUAUGCAUUUAUAUGCACACUUUAUGCAAUAUCUCAAGGACUGCUUCUCCCCAUAUUAACUGAUAAAGCCCCUGUGAUCAUUAUCUGAGGCUCUUCUUCAUGUGCCUUGCUUGGAGCCAUCAUUACAUAUCUUUAGGUGCCCGGCAAAAACAUUCCUCUUUUCCUAGGCCUUAGGCUAAUUAAACAAUCAAUGGCCUUUUAAAAUGUGUUUGUGUGGAGAGCAUUUUUUUUUUACUUUUUUAUGUAUUUUGUGUUUUUAUAUUGUAGACUUUCCUAUGAUCCUUGGAUGAAGGUACUAUAUAAAUUUUAACAACAAUAAAAACAACAAUAAUGCCCUAAUAUGUGGAUUUUUGUACACAUUACCUGUCUGGAGAACUGCACUGCAAAAUUUAGAGAAUUGUGAAUUUGAGCUGUGUUUUCAUUGUUGUCUUGUUUCAGAAACUGUGAAUUAGGUGCGUUCACCUUGAAAUGCAAACUCAGUCAAACUUUCCCUCAUUGUCUAUUUGCAAAUGUGAAAAGCUUAGCAGGGACACUAUGUUUCUUUAAAACGCCAUCAGUUGCGUGGCAAGUCCCCUCCCCCAUGUGAAAUGAAGACACUGGACACAUUAUUUAAGGUUAAUGGGCAUAAAAAGGCCACAACUUUAUUGAUUACAGAAUUGAAAGGUAUUGGCCUUAGGCAUUGGCUCCUAUCGACUACCCGGCAUGGAGACCGGGAAGGGUUAUCCACAAGCCGUGGGAGUCCUGUUGAAGUACGCCAACUAGGCUCCCACGGGUGUCACCGCUCGGGGGCGUGCCGGAGGCCCUUACCUCCCUAGGUUUUGGACAAGGCAACGCCCCCCAGAGUCCUCUACCGGACUACCCUUUCCUUGGGGGAAGGUGAUGGCGCUUCCUUCCCCCCCAUUCAUUUGCAUAACAAUAAACCCCUGCCAAUGCCUAACCGCCACUCGAGCUUUGUUUUCAUUGUUGUCUUGUUUCAGAAACUGUGAAUUAGGUGCGUUCACCUUGAAAUGCAAACUCAGUCAAACUUUCCCUCAUUGUCUAUUUGCAAAUGUGAAAAGCUUAGCAGGGACACUAUGUUUCUUUAAAACGCCAUCAGUUCCCAAAAGCGACAGCAUGCACACUGUUGUUCUGCCUUUCUUUCACUGCCCACAUUUAGACUGGAACAAUAUUUCCUUCUCAUCACUUGCUUCAGUGGGGUUCGGUACGUUGUACAUGUAACCCUGCAAACACAGAUUUCAGUUGCUUGUAGACUCCAAAUAUCACAUAGCUGUCAAGCAAGGACCUUCAUCUAGCAAACUAGACAAAUGUUUUGAGAGGCUAUUUUGCACACCCAAAGAGCAUCCUUGCAGCAUUAUGUUUUCACUACAAGAAUAACUUCUCUUGUUGUUCCCAGUCUGAUAUACAGGGGUGUGUGUGUGUGUGUGUGUGUGUGUGUGUGUGUGUAUAUAUAUAUAUUUCUUCAGUAGUUAAUGAUCCAUGAAUCCAGUUGAGCCACCAGACUUAUUCAAGGGAAAAAAAUAGAGUUGACUUCUCCAGCUGACUGGAAAACUGAAACUGAUGGAUGCUUUGUGCACAUCCUCAGGAUCAAUCUUACUAGACCAGCUUAAAGCUGCUAUAUAAAAGCAUUAAAAAUUGGAUCCUAUUGCUAUUUUAUUUUAUGUUUUGGAUUCAUCAACUGUCCUCUGAUAAUAGGUUUUGGUCUGGUGCAAUUAUCAAUACUGUAAAUGCAUUAUUUUCAGCAAAAUGUGCUAUUACACCCCUGCGUUCCUUAUCUUCAGAGAUCAUGAACCCCAGAUGUAAACUUUAACCUUAUAAAAGCCUAUGAUAUUUUAUCAUGUCUUUGGAUGGUGCCUUUUAAUGUUGGCUUCUGCCAAGUGUGCAUUUUAAUGCCAGCUCUGUAAAAAUAACUGAAUGGAAUAAUCUGAUGGUCCAAAAGCAAGGCCACACAAGUUUUGACUUUUCCUGGGGGGGAAAGGAGAAGAAAAGCAGCAGCUUUGCCACCGUUUGCAGAUGCAGAACCACAAGGCCAGGCUUUUAAAAAGCCAUUUAAAAUAAUGAUAGCUAACAAGGGAAAUUCUUACUCUGUACUGACAGAUGUGGCAUAUCCCAAGGCAGCUUGAGUGGGUGCUGUUUGAUUGAGGAUGGGAAAAGGAACUGCAUUUGGGAGACAAAAUAUAUGCUCAUUUCAAAUAACAAAGUGCUGCUUAGCAGGGAGCUUCUGCCUACUUGGCUCCAGAGUUCAGGUAGAAAUGAGCUAUAUGAUAUGAAUUCUAGCCCCAUGUUUGUUCCUCACUCUGUGAUGGGCUUGUCAAGGUCUUGGCUGCAUCCUUGUGGCAUAAAAUAAAAUAAAAAUGGGAGUCUGCAGAACUGCUCCAUUCUCUGCAACAGUAUGCCAUCUUUCUUGCAUCAUCUUAGCACAAAUCUCUGCAGUUCAAACAGUUCCUUCAGAUCUUUCAUCCAAAACGUAGCUAUUAUUCUUUGCAGGUGCCUGCAAAAGAUAAAGGAACCUGAAAUCCUGAUGGCCACUUCACUCAUAUACUUCAGCUGUCCCUAUUUCUUUUUACCAGAGAUAAUUUUUGUUUUCUGUAUGCAUCGCCAGCCCUUGUUAAAUCAUUUUCAUCUAUUCUGUCACAUAUGUACCUUCAGGAGGAUGCUAAAACCUGGUUAUUUCUAUACAAUGGUACCUCAGGUUACAUCCGCUUCAGGUUACAUAUGCUUCAGGUUACAGACUCUGCUAACCUAGAAAUAGUACCUCAGGUUAAGAACUUUGCUUCAGGAUGAGAACAGAAAUCGUGCUCCGGCAGGAGGCCCCAUUAGCUAAAGUGGUGCUUCAGGUUAAGUACAGUUUCAGGUUAAAAACGGACCUCCGGAGCGAAUUAAGUACUUAACCCAAGGUACCACUGUAUUUAUUUAUAACAUUAUACCCUGAUUUCCCCCCUCCACCAAAGGAGUUGCUUAAAGUGGCUUCCAAAUAGAAAGGCAAACAUCAAAACAACAAGAAUUCAACCACUGAAACACAAAUUAUGAAAUGAAAACUAGGUGCAAAAAAGAAUAGAGAAGCCUUCACAUUCAGUUCCUUAAGCAACAACAAAAUCAAAAACAUAUUUUUAAAGGGAUGCUUUCCAAAGUGCACAUUUUUGGAGUUCCUGGAAUUCAUUUCCCUCCCUUGAGCUGUAGAGGUUGCAUCUUUCUCCGAUAGUGGCCCACGUGAUGGAGCCAAUGCAUGGAGCCACCUCCUGAAACCAACAUCACUGCUGCUUUCCUGGCUGGGCCUUGUAGGUGCACUCAUGAUACUGAUGAAUUGGUGGUGGCAAUGGUCUCAUUCCUUCAGUGAUGUUGUGCCAACCUUGCCCUGUUCCAGCCACAUUGGGUGGGGCCAACUGGGACAGGGUGCCGUGGAGCCAUGACUGCAAAAAUGGGACCACUGCCACCACCAAAUUUAUCAUCAAUCAGUCAAUCAGUAUUUAUUGUUAUGUUCACAGAUCAGCCAAUGAAUUACACUCAAACAAACACUCCAACAAAUUUUACAGUGUUCAGGUCAGCAAAUGGUCAUUUGGGGUUACCAACAUGGUAAGGAGCUAGGAUGUUUGUGUGUGUGAUGUUCCACAUUUACAGUCACGGUAGAAUGUGUCCCCAAAUUUAUUAAAUAUGUAUCCCAACCUCCCUCCCAAGGGAGCCCAGGCUGGCAAACAAGAAGUGACAAAACAAUAAAAAUGUAUUUUUUUAAAAAAAAAAUUCCAGUACAGAAAUGGAGUAACUACGGUUAAAGAUUUAAAUGGUUUGUUUUUGUGCCUGUUCUAAGAUUAUGGUGCCAAAAGAUCUACAGACAGUUGUACAGGAUUCCUUACAAUAUAUAUAGAACACAGACAGCAAUCCAGAUGCUCCUUUUUGUAUUUCAUAUAUGUGUUUCUUAUUCACAUUGGUACUAGGAGAAAGAAAAACUUAUGUUCUCUACAAUAAAUAUGCAAAAGGGUGGAUGUAGAAUACAACAGUGCUUCUCAAAUGCAAUGACUGAACCAAACCAAUCCACUGCAAACCUCACAAAAGAUCCAAUCCAAACUUUUGCUUUGAAUCAGGAUCUUCCAUCUUAUAAACUUUCCCAGAAUAUUUGUUCAUAAAAUCAUAUAGACUCAGGGAGGUUGUGCUCCUUUAUGUGCUCUUCUGGGAGGGUUGGUAAGGUUGGUAUUGCUGGGGGAUAAGAAGCGAGGAGAUCUACUGCUGUGGAAGCCUACUAUCAUUGUUGUUCCUGGUGUAAGAUCCUGAAACAGAGCAUUUUGAUGUUGGGAUGGCACUGGAACAGAGCUAGCCAAUAAUCUACUGGAUCCUAAGCCAGCCCAUUUGCUGGAGAGGGGCCCAAUUCAGCCUGGAACUGGCACAACAACAACAAGGGUAAAAUAAGGAACUAACAGGUGAUGUAUAGGUGGUUCCAUAGCUCUGAGCAAGGGCUUGGGGAUGGGACUGAACUCUCUGCGCUAUUAUGAAGGUUUUGAUUCCUUCCUCCCUAUACCUAUGAAAUAUAGAAUUGAUUGCUUUAAGAAAUUCAGUGCUGAAAAAGCAGAAACCAGAGCUCCUCUGCCACCCCACCAGGAUGAAAUUCAAUAUGGUCUCAGGUUUCCUUUUCCAACCUUCUGGCAAAAUACCAACACACAGUAUGCAACCAUUGCUUGAGGGUAUGUCAGUGCAAUAAAAUAAAAAUAAAAAGAUGUAUUCCAGGAAGUGUGUAAGUGGCUUGAGUGCAUGGGUACCAUGGUUGGUUUUCUGAAAUUGUGACAAGGGAGGAAUGUCUAUCUUCCACUCUAGUCCAAGCAUAGCAAAAUACGUUGCCUGGCUGUCAUAGAUAGUUACACUUCAGGAGAUGCUGGCCAGGGCAGCAUUCAUCAGAUAGGACAGCAUUCUUCAUUUGUGCAACGUGCAUAAAUACUUUGCAUAGUUCAAGCAGGUACACAGAGUACCUUAGCCAGAGUAAGUUAGAUUUCUUUUUUAAAAGCUUAUUUCAACUUACAGCUGACUCUGAGGCAGGCAUUCUCUUGUGGUUAUCCUCCUUUUCUACAAAAAGGGACACCAGAGUAAAACAAUUGUACAGAAUAAUUAGCUUUACAUGACAUUCACGUACUGUUGGGCAUUUCUAGUUUAACUGAGCUAAUGAUCAGUUUGGAUUUGAAGCUCCAUUGAGUUUAUUACUGAAUCAGAGUAUCGUUUCCACAGAGAGAAACAAAGAACCCAUUACAAGCCCCUAGCCUUUAAUGGGGUUGAUAAAAUAUAAGAGCACAAUCUGAUUAAACACUAAGGGGUUUGUGAAGAAAAGGAGGGGGUCACCAGCUUUACCUAUCCCCCCCCCAUUUCCCUCUUCUUUUAACAUUUCAUAAAGACAGAAAGGCAAGAAAAAUGUAUUUCAUCUUAUUAAAAACCAAUGAGAUAUAUGCAAACUCAAUUACUAUCAAGUAACGCUGAAAUGGAUUUAAUCACAUCUACAGUGCCUGCAAUGACUGAUGUUGGCUGGAUGAGGAUCAGAUACUGACUAUGGAUCAAACUACACAUUGAGCUUGCACUUUCAGCUGCUCACUGACAAAUUUCCACUUUCAACAGCAGGAAGGGGAGUCUUGACCAGGACUGUGGUCUUCCCUCUACAAAUCACCCACAUACUACUUUUGCAUCCCCAGAGGUCACAUUUCUGUGUAACACAUUUAUAGGGUGCGAAAAAUAUGAGGUGAUCUUCAGUAAGAAAACACCAUGGGGAAGAAAUAGUUAAGUCUCUGCUCUGGCUGAUACCUCAGGCCCAGUCCAGACUGAAAAGGAAGCAUGGGUACUUUUAAUUAAAGAAAGUGUGGACAGCAAGGUUGGCCCAAUACAUUUUGGCACCUGAGGCAAACCCCAAAAUAGGGCAUCCUCCCUCCCCACCAGGGAAGAAGAGGUGAGUGAAGACUGACAUCAGGAACAAGGUAUGUGGGGAGAAAGAUCAACAGCAGGCUCUGCUGCCCAUGGAGAACCUGCAGCCUAAGGUGGUCACCUGGCCUGGCCUCAUGGGUGGGCCAGCCCUGGUGGACAGUUUUAAAGAAGCACUUUCAGGCAGAUGCAUAGCACAAUUUGUAGCUUAGCCCCAGUUGCCCUUGCAUCAGAUGGAGCCUAAAGAUAUCCGGAAUACAUGGUGGCACAGCACCUGGUAUAUACAGGCAUAAUCAUAAAUUUCGUGUGAUGCUGCUUGUGAAAAGAGGAAGCAUCCACACAGCAAUUUAUUCAGUUCUCCCAAUGUUUCCCUAACUUUUCAUUUCCACAUUAUGUUUGAGCUUUCUCAUGGCAUAAAAAAUCACUUCUAAAGCAUGCUGCUUCCUCCCAGUCUGCUUUUGAUUUUUCUUUGGCUAUUUAGCAAGCAAAAAAUAUUCUUAAUUCAGGAGCUCUUUAAAUGCCAUCACGCCAUCAUUGCAUAUUUGUAAUUGUGUACUGUUCAAAUCCCAGUACCUUACCUCUGCACCGAGUACAGAAUUAGGAAGUGCAGUUAAGGACCACAGAACAAACUUCAGCUUUGUCUGACUUCACUGAAUUGGGCUGACCAUUUCUCUCUUCCACCCCAUUUAGUGGUUAUUGUUGUCUUGCUAGGCAUGAUAGAGCUUAUUAACCUCUUGAAAAUUUGUCUCAGUUUGGUUCUGGGCAUGACAGCAAGCAAAGAGGUGGCUGACACUACUGAAUAUUAAAGAUCAAGUGUAUUUAAAUACUUGCUGACAGCCUCUUAAGUGCUUCUGCAUUUUUAUCUUGAUUUACAGAGAUUUAACACUACUCCAUUAGCAUUAAUGGGAACAGAGAAUGUAACUCUACCCAUGUUGAAAUGCAGAAGCUAUAUAUUCCUGCUUUCUGCUCUCCUGUGCAAUAGUCUUACAAGAGGUAGGUGAUAUUUAAACAUCUGUUCAUUGCUAAGGGGCUCUGGAACCAUGUCUCAAUAGGGAAACAAGGUGUUUAAACCAUACUUUUAACCGACUCACAGAUAUAAAAUGGCAGACACAGAAAUGGCCCCUUUGUGGGCUUUUUCUGGGGGCGAUGAUUCAAAGGAAGCCAUAAACCAUUCAAAAUCUUCUAGUCCUGAUGAGUAAUUAUUACAUAGGGCCACAUCUGCUAAAAGUCCCAGGUCUAAAGCAUCGAGCAAUAGUUAUCUCAAAUUCUGCUAACUGAAAAAGCUGCCCUCACCUGUUGCAAUGUGACAAAUGAUGUACACUUCACUGAAGAAAGUGAUACUAUGACAAGAAUCGUGGUUGUGUCUACUGAAACAUUGUUUGUUUUCUAAGGAUUAUAAAUCACCUUUCAACAAUCCAGGGUACAAGGAGGUCAAAAAAAAUGGUACAAAAUAAAAUAAAAAGCUACAAAUGGAGUCCUAUGUAAUCAGAAAACAGCCAGAGAUGUUGCAUUUAACAAUCCAGGAGUUGUUAAUUUAAUCCUUUCACAAGCUAGUAAUUUUUAUUAAAAUGAAAAGGAACCUAUGUACAGAAAUUUACAAAUAAUUCUGUCUUCUGCAGUUUAGUCCACUCCUAGAUUUUAAUUUAAAACCUUUAUCUGCCUCUGUUUAAUAUAUGAAAAAGCCAGCAUGCCAAAGCUGUGAUUAACUUUAUAGGUGCAGUGGAAUUAUGGAAAUGCAUCAUGCACAAGUGCGCACUUUCCAAAAUUAUUCUGUGACCUUGUGCUUAAGCCGAGUUUUAAAUAAUUCAGUGAUGUAUUGAAUGAAUAAAUUUGUACCGCUUGUUACUCUAAACACUCAGGCAUUCACUUUUCCUUGCCAUUUUUAAUAAAAUCUAGCUUCCUAAUAUUCAUGAAAUAUUGCAUUUCAAUUAAAUUACAUAGGUACUGGGGGGGAAAAACAGUUUGCCCUGAGCUGCUUAAUGUUGACACCAACUGUCAUUUGCUCCCCCUCCCUCCUCUAUAAUAACCAGAGAGGUUUUAUGUACCACUAAUAUAAAGGACUGUCACACUUUAAUGAGAAACUUUUUUGAUCAAGCUUUACACAAAGCUGCACAAGGCAGAAAAAUAAUGAAUCUAAAGUAUUUUUUCUUGUUUGUGAAGGAUACUAAUUUGAACAUAAAAUACACCAAAGAAAUACAGAGUGGCUAUUUCUACUGGUCUUUUUGAAAAGGAGAAGUUAGGAAAUGUAUUCCAAAAAGUGACAGACUAGUUUAUGCAUACAGAGAACAUCCAGUGCCUUAGUUGUAUGGAGGUUUUACUUUUCUUAUGUCUUUAACCAAGGAAAAUGGUCCACACAGACAGGGGAUUUUCCUAUUUUGCAUGUGGAGAGUGUUAAAGAAGGUCCUGAUUCAGAGGAAGGUAAGUGUAGAAAGACCCACUGGAAAGACUGGGUUAAAAUCAUCAGUAGGGCUAAGGGAAUAGUUCUGUCAGUGCAAGCUUCUGUGCUUGCCCAACACAAUGAUAUCACCUCUCCCCCACCCCCCACUGUUCUGGGGGUGCUCCCAACACUUUGGAGCAGAUCUGAGGAGGGCACAGGAGAGAAGAAAAGAGUAAGCCCCAUUGCGCUGUCAGGAAUUGUUGCACUAGUAGCUUCUGAUACCACAAUGAUUUAGUUGCAUAUGACCCAUUAUAUUUCUGCUGAACUCAUUUCGAAUGGGCUUCCAAGGGGGUGAAAGCAAAAACCUUUCUCAUGGACAAAUUAGCUUGCAAUUGUUUUCAGGACAGGGCUGAAUCCUUUUCAUCCAGAGACCCACAUUCUCUACUGACCAACUUUCUGCUGGGGCAGGACAUGCCAGUGGGGAGCAGGGCUGGAGGCUAAAGUGGGAGGAGCAAUGAAUGCUAACUUUACCUUUGUACACUAAGCUAGUUUCUACACACACUCAUGCAUCUCCCUCUAUCCUCCAUCCAGACAAGCAAGCGGCAUUGUCAAAGUUCAAGGACACCUUCCAGCCAGGCAAAAUCUCUCAAGGUAGCUACAAAGCAGGGCAGGUUAAUGGCCAGGCCUGCUGAGAAGGGGAGUUAUUGGAAGGUGAUGUGGUCUGAGGACAGUCCCAAGGGCCCAAUGGGGAGAGCUGGAGGGCCACAGUUAGCCACUGGGUUCUCCAUCCCUGGUGAAAGCCACUUUGAUGGCUCUCUUAUGCUAUAUGAACAAAACAAAAUAAAUUAUUUGUUUCUCUAACAUCAGUUUUAAGCUUUCUCUAAAAGUGGUCCCAGGGUAGCAUGAGGCAUACCAUUGUCAGUGUGGAAGAACAUUUGCUUUGCAUGUAGAAGGUCACAGUUUCAAAACCUGGCAACUCUGGGUAGAUCUGGGAAAGACUCUGGAGAGCUGCUGCUGGUCAAUAUAAAUACUGGGCUUGAUGGACCAGUGUUCUGGCUCAGUAUAAGGCAACUUUCUGUGUUCUUAUCCUUGAUCUAGCAGGGGCAACAGAGAGUUGGUAUUAUAGGUGAAGAAUGAAGACUUAAAGCACUAUCUGGCAAACUCAAAAGCCUGUGACUGACUCUUGCUUCCAAGCUAACCAGUUAAUCUAUUUGUACAAAAUGUUUACUCAUCUUCAAAAUGUGAACCGUUACUGAUGUUAGUCAAAGAUGCUUAGUGAAAUAAAACCCUUCCCCUCGAACAACUGUGCCAGUACCAGACCCUUUCUAACCACUGGUUCUCCACCUUACGCAGUACUUUGAGGACAGGGUUGUCCGUAAUUAAGAUGCAAUUUACCUCAUUCAACGAUGCUGCAGAACAGAAAAUUCAAAUAAUUACACCACUUUGAAUAAUCAGCGUAUAACGGGUUCUACAAAUACGCUCGUUCACAGCUUUAAACAGGUUGCCUAACAUUUCCCAUUACAGGGCUGCAUUUGCAGUUGUGUACAACUUUCCCAAUAUGCAAUUAUCUUAGCUAAAGUUCACUAAACAAAAAAGUUAGUUUUCUUGUAGUCAGCAGUAAACAUUUGGCUACUUUAGAGAAGUACAAUAUAGGAUAUUUGUUGCUUCUAACAGGUUUUUAAAAAUCUGCUUGGUAUGCACACAUCCUUAAAUAACUAGUGCCGCCGCCCCCCCCCAAAAAAAAACCCCACAAAAAUAUCCUUACAUCAAAAUGUGGAAAUCCAAAGGAUUUCAACACUAGCAAUCUUGACUGGCUUUAUGCAUCCAAUCUAUGUCCAUUUAUUUCAUCUGUCUGCUUCUUGUUCUUUAAGCAGUUGCUGAACCUGUCCUCUUAUUUCAUAACUGCUAAGCUUACUCCAGAGUCUUUAGUGGGGAACUUUAUCAGCAGCUUCUUGAAAGCCCAAGUUCACUCCUUUCUCAUUUCCUGUAUCUAUGAUCUGCUUCCAAAGCGAGGUCUAGGAAGCAAUGUUUUCUAUUGCCUGCCUUUAUGGGGUGAUUCUGCCCUGCACAAAGCAUCAAAUUAGUCCCCAAUAUAGGUCAUUCCUCUUAGGGGAGGGGGGGGAAUCAAUUCAGUUUGCACUGAAAGGCAAAACUAUUGAAUGCACACUUUGCAGAACAAUGCAAGAAGUAAAACACAACCAUCCUUUGAAAUUUGUGCUUUUCCAGAUUUUGCAAUACAAUCCUCAAGCCAAGUAAUGUGUGCAGAAAUGCAUAUGCCAGGGUAAAGGGCUCAUCAAAAUGCAUACAUUGGUGAAAAUAAUAUAUAAGAAUGCAUAUUAGGGGGAACUGAUUUGCAAAAUUGCAUGUUUGACAAAAUUGCAUACAAAAAUAUGUGUACUAGAAGAUAUUCAGACUAAAAUGCUGAUGAAUUGCCACAACACCUUUUCAUAUAUAUUUUUUUAAAAGAAUGCAAACAGAUGUGGAAAUGUGGAGCACUAAAUAUCUACACUGGAAAAAUGAGAAACAGAGAGAGAAACUGAAAUGGACAGAUCUACCUAUCGCCACUUCUUCCUACUGCUGGUCUACUCAGAGAUGCGACCAAGAAGGCUUGUGACAGUGGCAUUCUCUCCUCGGCUGGGGAACAUUGUGGCCAAUAAUACUGCUAUCAUUCAAGGGCAGUUACCUUUCAGGUCCCACCAGGACAUUAAUAAGUGGUGGCACACCAAUAUGAGGUGUCAUGGUGCCCAUGGGUGCACCCACUGACUUUCAUCUCAAGCUUGUGCUGAACCUGGAGAUCUUGGGGAAAUUAUCCAAAUUUGCAUUCAUGCAUAUGUUUGGGUUUUCAGGCAUCAAUGAAUUUGUUCUGGAACUAACCCCCUUCCAACCUGCCCUCUUUUUACAUAGUCCAUCAGUUGUUAAUUAUUUCAUAUUUGUUUUAAUCUGGGGGGGGGGGGAGAAAUGUUACCUGUAAUUUGACAACAUAUUAUAUGUCAAGCAUGGGCAAACGUGGCCCUCCAGAUCUUUUGGGACUACAACUCCCAUCAUCCCUAGCUAACAGGACCAGUGGUCAGGGAUGAUGGGAAUUGUAGACCCAAAACAUCUGGAGGGCCGAGUUUGCCCAUGCCUGGUAUAUGUUAUAUUGAUGUUAUUGCUUCCAAACAACACUGCAGACUACUAGCUGUUAUGGUAACAAAUCACCUGUACUUGGUCAGCUCUUCAGUUAGGCAAAGUCCCACACUCCCAUUCAAUGGAAUAUGCCAGGCAAUGUGGUUUGACCAUGCUUUGUGAUCUACCGCUUCUCAUGUGGUAAAUUUUAAAAUAGAGGCAGCUUGAAUGUGAUUCCUCACAUGAUUAAAACGUAAAUGUGAUGUCUCAAUGUAAGCAUCAGUUACAGCACAAACUCGAUGUGUAAUUUGCUGGGUUGGAAAUCCUACUUUUACAUGGGCACAGGACAAAGGGGACAAAACUUGGUCUACAUGUGGUAUGACAAAAUAGAUCCCAAAGUGAACCUAGUCAUUGUGAUGUAAUGAGACACAUAUCUGACCAAAACAGGCUGAAGCAAAUAAUACCAACCUGAUCCUCCAAUGGCAUAGGAUAGAUAGGGUGGAAAACAUUUCCCAGUAAGGAAAACAUAGCCCAUCACCAAAUCCAGAGCUGGGGUGGUGGUCCUCGGACCUGGGGAUUAACUGAGCACUCCAGGACUCUCCAUCUGGACUUCCAAACCCUUCUGGUGCUUACUCCUAUGCUUUGUACCUGAAGUGUUUUUCCCUAGCUUGAAAAUGAUUUUGAGCUAAUAGUGCUUCAUGCUUGCCUUGCAUUGAGGAUAGGGAGGAAUAUGUGAGUGUGUAUAGAAACUAGGUUCCUAUACAAAGGCAACAUUGACAUCCAUUGCUCCAUCCAAUUUCAGCCACAGGAAUGUGACUCUGGGAAGGCGGCCCAGAAGGGAAUGCAGUUCUUGGUCUGGAAAAAUAGGUUCCCCACCCCUGGUGUAGAAACAAAGCCCUCCCUUGAAAGCACUUAGUUAAGCAGUUGUUGUUGCUGCUGCUGUUUUAAGAACCUCUUAUUUGCCAAGAUGGCCUUCUAAGCAGUCAAAUGGCUUCUAGGUUUUCUAUAUAUCAUUUUCAUAAAACUUAUUAAUAGCUUACUGAUGAAAUACUCAAAUUCAAAAAAAGAAUUGUAAUGUUUAUUUUUUGAAAUUUUUUGGAUAGGUCCUUCUACCAGACCCAAAGCAACAGACUUGAUUACUUGUUGUUGUUUUUCAGAACUAUUUCAGGGAGUUUGCUUUCACUUGGAAGUAAAACAAGGGAAAUAACAUAUUUAAAGUUUUAUAUCUAACUUUUUUUUAUAAACACACAAAUUUGUAUCUCUGAUCCAGUCUCAUUCUGUGUAGCAAAACUACCUCAGCUAUGCUUGUUUGGGAAGCUGUGCACUCCUAGAAUCAAAGAGAAGAAUUUGUCUUACUUAUCAAAUAGAAACAUUUCUUGGCUUUCAUUUCUCUCUUCAGUUUUCAAAAUAAGAACAUCAAAAAAAUAAAGAAAAUAGGAAUGAGAGGGUGAGAUUAUUUUUCUCUCCCCUAAUUAGUUAGGGAAAUCAGUAGCAGCUUUCACUUCAUACACAAAAACUUAUUGCAAGGAUGGGCUGUGUUUUGCAUGGCAAAGGACAAAAGUUUAUAUUUAACACCUGCAGGAUCACAGGGAAACAAGCGAGUCACAAAGCCAACUAAGGACAAGAAUACUCCCUAAAAGUACCUUUUUACGCUACUUUAUGUAUUGCAUAUUUUGUUUUCAGUUAUAAGUUCCUACAAAAUCAUCCUGCACAUUAAAAUAGGGGUGGAGAAACUUGUUCAGACUGAGGGACACAUUUCCUUCUGGCAUCUUUUUGGGAGCCACAUAACAGUACUAAAUGGGGCCAGGUUCAAAAGUGGGAAAAGCAAGAAAUGCAAAUUUUAUCAUUGUGCAGCAGGCUAGUUUCUACACAGACUCACAAACUCACAAUCCCCUCUAAUUGUCCACACAGGUUGGACCCAUUCCAACCAAGCAGAAUAACUCAAAGGGGAUAUGAAGUAAGAGUUGGGGAGGAGUGUGGCCUGGGGAGGCCUUGUGUGAAUGAAGAGGGGGCAUAAUCUGAGAAGAGUUGCAAAGGCCAGACAGAGAAGUCACUUGGCCCACUGGCCUAGGGUUGUCCACCUCUGCUUUAAAAGUGAUGUGCUUCACCUAAAACAAUGAUCCCAUAUGCUCAAGUAGGAAGAAGUCAUUAGCCUCUUAUACACUGACUUCUUGCAUUACCCAGUCCGGUUCCUCUGGUAGGUCUGAUCUCUUCCUCCAUCAAAACCUAGGAUACAACAAGGCCUACAAGACUCAAGGAAAAAUUCAGGAGAAACUGCAGGGGAAAGUUUAGACUUAAUAUAUUGUAUCCAACACCAGCCCCUCAUAGAAAUAAUAUUAUUUGAUCCAGCAGAUGUUUCCAUCAGCAGAACAGGAAAGGAUACCAUUUUUGCUUAUUUCCUUCCUUGCAUUUCUUCCCCCACCAUAGCUUAGGAGAAUGUAGGGAUUUGCUUUGUACAGUCAGGUCAUUUAUCUUUCAGGCCCAGUAUUGUCUGCAUUGACUGAUGUAGCUCUCCAGGAUCUCAGGAAGAGAUAGUUCACACCUCUGCUACCUUAUCCAUUUACUUGGAGAUGAUGGGAAUGGAACUGGAGAUCAAAGCAUGGCUCUACCAUUGAACUAUGACACAUCUGAAAAAAGAACAACGGCACUGCCUAUUUAGCUCCUCCCACAGGGAUUUCUCCAGGUCAAGCAUAGGCUUCUUUUUCCCUGAAGAAUAUGUGGACUUCAAAGUCACUGUAAAUGUCAAUGAAAGACAGCAAGCUCCACAGGUGAUCCAGGGGAGUUCACAUGGGGACGUUCUGCUAAUUGGCACACAGUGUGUCCACUUGUGUAUUAAUAACUUCAUUGAUGAGACACAGAAUGAUGUUUCAUUUUACAGUGCCCCCACCCUGACAAAUAUUUUAAAUAAAAUGUAUUGGGUUGAAUACACUUUUACAUUUAGGGCAUCUUAGAACACGGUUUGAGAAUCUGUGGCCCUCCCAAUGUUGCAUGACUCGCCUGCUAUGAAUCCCAACUAUAAGGGCCAAUGGUUAGAAAUGAAGGGAACUGUAGUCCGACAACAUCUAGAGGAUGAGCGGUUCCCUAGUCCUGUCUCAAAAGCUCAACUGGUCCUGGAUUGCUGCCUUCCCUCCUUUUCUCUUCCCUGGGUUGUAUGUAUUUCUUAUACAAUCAUUGAUCUCCAACCUAGAAUAUGAGAACGUGGCAAUCAGAGGGUGCCAUUUAAUUAAAAGUCCAAAAGGAUGGUAAGCUUCUUUAGCUUAAAUGUAAGAUGAGUCUAAAAUGACUUUUCUAACAGAAAAAUUGACAUAAAUAAAUCCCACAACAACAAGCACAAAAUUGUGCGGUACGAGUGACCCCACAUCAAAACUCACACAUACAGAUAACUAACUCAGAUGGUUUUGUUUAAAUAUUUCAGAACCGUGUCAAAAGUCAGAGGGCUUCUUUCUUUUUGUUAAAGACAGCACAUUGCAAAAUAUAACCAAAUGUCACUGCCUGUAACAGUAAGAUAUUUUGAGGCUGAAAUGAGCAUGCAAAUGUGAUGCAAUGCUCUGCACUGACAUGUGCUUUGAAUAGAAUAAGCUGGGGUUGUAGCAAGUAGAAAAGGCAAGUAGAAAAUUACAAGUACCAAUGAAUAUGUCAGGGAAGGUGACACUGCCAGAGAAGUUAAAUUCUGACAUAUAUGCCACAGUCGUGCAGGAUUUGUAGGACAUGCAUGCCCCCAGGUAAUAUUUGUUUUUACAUUCAGAUCUGUAGAGUUUGAAUACUGUGACAUGGUGGCACUUGUUAAGACAAGUUCAAUAUGUUUACAUUCAAGGAUGUUCCAAAAAGGCAUUUGAGUGGCUGCAGAUGAAAGCCUCACAGCUUAUACAUAUAUUUAUAAAACCUACUACAUGUAAGCAGAGCUUCAAUCCAGAGAUCAUCAACCACGGCAGAAAGCAGGAUAUCUAUGGCUGUUCCCAAGCAGCACUGACCCUGCUCUUCCCAUUCUAAACAGAUGGUCAGCACUCUCCUCUCUGAGGGCGACACAACAAUUACUAGUUACAGGUAGAUAGAUGUGUUGGUCUGCUGUAGUCAAAAAAAAAAUUUAAAAAAAUCCUUCCAGUAGCACCUUAGAGACCAACUAAGUUUGUUAUUGGUGUGAGCUUUUGUGUGCAUGCACACUUCUUAUCCGAACAAACUUAGUUGGUCUCUAAGGUGCUACUGGAAGGAUUUUUUAAAUUUUGUUACAACAAUUACUAUUUUACAGAGCAGUCCUCUGGAGACAUGGGAGGGAGACUCUAUGGCAGGGGUGUUGGAAAAUUCCAUUCCACCUUUAGUUACAGACAUGGAACUGUUGCGUGUCACAUGUCUGUUUACGUUCCAGCACAUUCUGCUGGGAACUUCCGUUAUGUGUAUAGCUUUUGCUUUUUGACUGUCUCUCCGAGGAGAAGAAAGGGAGAUGACCUGUUUCUUUUGUCCUGAUUUAUGCUGAAUAAAUCUUUAGCUUUUAGUAUGUUUCCACAAGCCUCACGCCACUUCUGUUUGUGCAGUAUGCUCUGCUGAUAUAGUGUGCUCAGGCUUUGAAGUCUGAGUCGCUGAUUUACGUCGCACCAGAGAUUGGGAGAUCGUCAUGGCUGGAAGGGCAUGAUCCAGCUGGGGGCUAGCCAGCUGGCAUCUCAACCCCCGAAGGAUGCCGACAAAGGGAACCACCAGUUCCAAAGCCUUCCUAAUCUUUCUCACCACACCCCACUCUUCCCUCCCAAUGGUCCCAAUGGAAGACAACAUCAAAACACUGGAUCCCUUACUGGGGUGUGUGUGUAUGUUUUCCCCUGUUCUAGGGGGAAUGUUGGGAGAAUACUGCUGUCAGAUCCCUGAGCCCAGGAUGCCACAGACCUCUAUAAGCACAAUGUCAAAGAUCACUGAUUUAGUACAGUGGUACCUCAGGUUAAGAACUUAAUUUGUUCUGGAGGUCCGUUCUUAACCUGAAACUGUUCUUAACCUGAGGUACCACUUUAGCUAAUGGGGCCUCCCACUGCCAUAGCACCGCCGCCAUGCGAUUUCUGUUUUCAACCUGAAGCAAAGUUCUUAACCCGAGGUACUAUUUCUGGUUAGUGGAAUCUGUAACCUGAAGUGUCUAGAAACUGAAACCUGAAGCGUCUGUAACCUGAAGCGUCUGUAACCCGAGGAAUCACUGUAAGUGGCUCCUAGACCCGGACCAGAGUCUGCAGACAACAAACCAGUGUCCAAUGGAGGCCCAUAAUACUUGUUUUGAAUGGCUUCACACUGCACAGAGCCAAUGAACCAGUGCAGACAGUGUGCCCAGCAUGAGAUCUUGGAAAGGGUGCUAGGCUAUAUAUCAGAAGCCUGCUCCUCUGAGGAGUUCCACUUUUCAAGGAGAAUGAAAGCUAGAUGUCAAGACAUCUAAAGCUUUCACCUGAUUCCAGAUGUUGUUGGAUCAAGUUGCUCACCUUGCUGCCUUACUCAUUUGUUUCUGGGAGGAUCUUCCUUAGGACCAGAACAGACAACCCUUUAUGCUGUAUGAUCCUAUAAGAACUUAAAGCAAUUCCUCUAAAAAAUAAAACCAUUAUUUUGUUUAUUUAAUACCUCCCUUUGCCAAUAUUCAUGCAAGUAAUCGCAGUUCCUUAUUUCAUUUCUCUUCACUGCAAAGAUGUAAUGAAUUAUUCUUAGUUUAUCCAUAGUAUAUAGUUUAUCACAAGCUGAGAUCAUGGUUUUUCACUCAGUAAGGCUAUCAGUGAGCAUGAGCUGAGCCAGGAAGUCUAAAGUCCAACUUCAAUGGUCUAGUAGUUAGGGAGAAACACUAGCUCCUAGUAGCUUUAAUGUUGUUGUUGUUGUUGUCUUGUUAUCCUGUAGCCUACCUUGGUAUUUGUUUGAAAUAAAAGACACUAUGCAAUUAAUUUAAAUAAAAUAAAUAAUGGGAACACACAAACACAAAGCAUGCAUGGAAAGAUUAGCAAUCAAAACACUCACAAUGACCACAACAGCACCACUCUAGAUGAAAUAAAUUCUUCUGUCCAUCAGCAGUGAUGGAAUUGGCACCUUCGGUAUUAAAAAGUAAGCCAGGGUAUCAGCAGACACAGUGGCUUAAUGUGUUAUGAAUUUUGAUUUCCCAGGUGGUGCUCUAAUCAGCAGACCUAACUUGAAUAGAGUAGAUACUGUAUUUAGAUAAAGAGCAUAUUUACUCAGCAACAGUAACAAAGAAUUCCCACAUCAUACGUUCUACUGCUAUGCCUUGCAUUUACAAGUCACUUUUACACAAAGAGAGUUUGAAAUCACCUUGCUUUGUCUUUUAAUGGGAAAGAACUUUAACACAGAACAGGAAAGAGAAAAGACACCAGCAAAGGCUUUGUAGGCCUUAGUCUGCACAGACCUCUUUGAAGAAUUCAAAAAUACUCGAACUGUGUGUGCUUAGAAGGUUCCUCAUAACACAGGGUUACCCAUCAUAGGGUGCGGGUGAGUUUCGUAUAUGCUCAGUAGAACAAAUGUGGAGGUCCCUUUCAGACCUUUCCCUUCAAAGAGUGAAGGCCAGAAAUGGAGUGGGGCAUCUGUUGCCUCUAGGGAUAUAGGGAGUGGGUCCGGCAUGUGUGUCCUUAAUUUGAGUCCUCUCGGGUAAAUGUAAUUCAAAAUGUAUGGGCCAGGAUCAUGGUUCCCUAACAGGUAGGAAAUGUUGGAGUUGGGGAUUUAACCAAAGUAUGAGUUUGCCCGAGUACUGAAAAUACAUAUAAUAAUCAAGAGUGUAAUUCUACAUCUGUUGACUCAGAAGCCCCAUUGAUUUGAAUGGGACUUACUCCCAGGAAAAUGAGUCAUAGAAUCAUAUAGUUGGAAUGCUCUCCCAAAGGCAAUCUAGUCCAACCCCCUGCAAUGAAGGAAUCUCAGCUAAAGCAUUAAUGACAUAUGGCCAUCCUGUCAGUUUGUAUUUCUUGGUACAGAAAGUAUUGAUCUAACACAGGCACAGGCAAACUCCGGCCUUCCAGAUGUUUGGGACUACAAUUCCCAUCAUCCCUGACCACUGGUCCUGUUAGCUAGGGAUGAUGGGAAUUGUAGUCCCAAACAUCUGGAGGGCUGGAGUUUCCCUCUGCCUGAUCUAAUGUGUAGAGAUCUUUCCUAUUCUAAUUAAUUCAACAGGGUUCUGGAAGCUUCUCUGUGUGAAAUAAACAGAAGGUUCAUGAUGUUUGGGUUAUUCCUUCAGAGAAGCUGAGUACAGCUGGCUUAAACUGGUUCUGUUAUCUCUUUCUGUCAAGGUCAUGCUGACUAUUAUAAUAAGGCCAGAAGGAACCUGGGUUUCACUCUUUUCUAUCUCUUUUUCUUUCUGUUGUGGUGUUCUGUAUAUAGUAUUACGGUUUAGACUCAUUGUAAGUUCUUGUAAGUUAAGUCUGCUGCAACUGGAUUUCUUAUGGACAGUGCCAAUCCUGAAUGUAUUGGAUUUGUGACCAAUAUGCUCAUUUGCCUUCAGUAGCAAUAAAGCUCUGCUGAAUGAAAUAUUAAUUGUGUCUGGUCUAUUUUGGGGGGAUCCUGCAACGUGUUUAAGUUUUUACUCUGCUAACUAUACGUUGCAGUUCUGCUCUGGAUCAAUAUGAGUAGAAUUCAUGACACAUCCAACCUCUUCUUAAAAACCUCCAAUGAAGGAGAGUCCACAACCUCCCAAGGAAGACUGUUCCACCAUCAAACAGCUCUUAUUGUCAGAAAGUUCUUCCUGAUGUUUGGUCAGAAUCUUUUUUCUUGUAACUUGAAGCCAUUGGUUCAAGUCCAACCCUCCAGAGCAGGAGAAAACAAGCUUGCAGCAUCUUCCAAGUGACAGCCGUUAAGAUAUUUGAAGGUGGCUAUCAUAUCUCCUCUUAGUCUCCUUUCCAGGCUCGACAGUACAUAUUUGCAUCCUAUUUGUCCAGCUAAAUUAAUUUUUCAGGGUAUCAUUGUGUUUGUGGCAGCAGUAUAGGCUCACAUUUGGCCACUACAAAGAUUGCACAAGCCUGUUGUCUGAUUGUGAACCUAUUAAAAGAAAUAUAAAAGCAUAGUGGGAUGGCCUAGGCCUACUUGCAGAAAGAGACUUACUUUCUUUAUUUUAGUAGGGGGGAAUUCUAAACUACAGUGGUAUCUCGCAAGACGAAUGCCUCGCAAGACAAAAAACUCGCUAGACGAAAGGGUUUUUUGUUUUUUGAGCUGCUUCGCAAGACGAUUUUCCCGAUGGGCUUGCUUCGCAAGACGAUAAUGUCUUGCAAGUUUGUUUCCUUUUUCUUAACACCGUUAAUACAGUUGUGACUUGACUUUGAGGAGCAACUCAUAGAACGUGGUGUGGUAGCCUUUUUUGAGGUUUUUAAAGACUUUGGUGAUUUUUGAAGCUUUUCCAAAACUUUCCCGACACCGUGCUUCGCAAGACGACAAAACUCGCGGAACGAAUUAAUUUCGUCUUGCGAGGCACCACUGUAUAAUUAUAAAAUAAUUGGUAAUUAUAAUUACCCAUAAUACACAGAUAAAAUCAGCAAAAUUUAAAUGCAAAUAAUAAAUUAUACUUCUGGAUAUGUUUAUUUAAAUAAUAAUAUAAAGGUUUUAACACACAUCCAAAACAGUUUGAUGAUGGAGCCUGCCUAAUGUUACUAGAUAAAAAGUUCCAAAGCAUAGGUCCUGUGUUACUGAAAAAAAAAUCCUCCUAAGAGAUGUGGAGUGAACAUUAUAUAGCACUUAUAAAAGUGCAAUCUCUGUAAAUCAAAGCGGUCAUGUAGACUGAUGUGGGGCAAGUAUAUUAGCCUCACGUUGUUACUGUACUUACGGCAAUAUGGACUCCUUGAUGGAUUUUCUACUCCCAAUUUUUUUAUGAAUUCAGCACUUAAUAUAUGCAUCAAUAUGUAUUUUAAAAUGCAUAUUUUGAGAUAACAUAUGUCUAGAAAGGUAUAUAUUUUGUAAGAGUGUGUGUGUGUGUGUGUGUGUGUGAAAGAGAGAGAAAGAGAGAGAAUUUACAUAUUUAAAUAUGAAUUUUUGUUGCUUUUUUAGAAAAAAGAUAUCACAGAUCAAAGCAGACAUGGAGUAGAGAAGCCUUCUGAAGAACUGAGAGUGACUAGAAAUAGACUGAUUCAUCCCCAUAUAUUAGCUAUUCUGUGUACCAUCAUGGUCAUAGCAAUGCCCAUUUCUAGCAGGACUCUAAGAAGUAUGAAUUGAUCACUAGUACCCAAGAGCAAAAUAUCUGUAAAGAGAGGUUGGGGGUACUGCUUGUGACCAUGGGACUCUCAACAGCCCCUUGGGGUGUGGGCUUGAUUACCACCCCACAUUCUGGUGUUUUGUUUUUUUAUCUGAGCCUUCAUUGCUCAGUAAAAUUCAUUCCUGGUUGUAGAUCUUUAAAAGUACAGUCGUACCUUGGAAGUCGGACAGAAACUGUUCCGGAAGUCAGUUCAACUUCCAAAACGUUCGGAAACCAAAGUGUGGCUUCUGAUUGGCUAUAGGAAGCUCCUACAGCCAAUCGGAAGCCUCAGAAGCCCCAUUGGAUGUUCGGCUUCCAAAAAUAGUUCACAAACCAGAACACUUACUUCUGUGUUUGCAGGUGCGUGUUUGGGAACUAAGCUGUUCCAAAGCCAAGGUACGACUGUAUACAUCUUUGGUAAGAUAGGAGGCAAAAUAUUGCUUUUAAAGGCACUUUAGGUUUCCAAUGUGUUUUGACAGACUGACUUCCAAAGAUUUCAGUUGCGCUGAUUCUAGACACAUUUAUAUAAACUUGGUAAUGCUUCUCUUAAGAUCACUUUGAUAUUUUUAAAAAAAUGUUUCCCUACCACAAAGCAGUGAUUUUUUUCCCUUAAUUCAAGAGGAUGAUUGACCCUGGUGAAAAUCAGGUUUCACCCCUUGAUACAACUGUGGUUUCAGCUGACACCAGUGACAGAUCUUCAGCUGACUUCAGCCAUACAAGUCUGAACCCUUGAAGUAAUUAACUGUGUAUAACAUGAUAGAAGAACUGACAGCUGAAUAAAUAUAAAGUUAGUAGGGCAAACCCAUUUCAUUUUGCAAUAAAUAAUAGAGUAGCAAAGACCAAACAGGGUAAAGUGUCAAAAGAAAGCAUGUUUCCAGAAGACUGAGAAAUCUCACAUUGCCAAAGACAGCCUAUAAAAGAUAUUGUUUAUAGAUGAAACUGUAACUGCAAGGAAGCCAGUAGAUACAGUAUACACCAAGUUUGUAAUCUUUCUCCAGCAUAGAGAGGGAAAUGACAUACAUUGUAUUUGUUACACUGGUAUUAUCUCACUUAUCUAAAUAGCCUGCAGGAGUCCCCCCCCCAAAAAAAAUCAGAAAUGUACACACAUAGAGAGACAAAAUUGCUUUACAUAAUAUUACACUAGCAUGAUAUUGUUUAGGGAAUUCAGGGCUGAAUUAUCAGGGAUUUUGAAUAGCUGAUGUUUGUAUAAUGGAAUGCGAUGUGUUGUCUUUUGCAUACUGCAAAAUUACCUUUUGCAGAAUGUGUAAUGUGAAGAAACAUAAAGUAGCAGAUUUGAGUCUCUUUUCUUGUCCACAUGUGCAUGUUUGAAGGAGUUAUGGUUGCCAUCAGUUUCCCACCAUACGUACAGUACUCUUAGCAGAUAUUAUAGAGUUUUAUCCUGUGUUUUGUGAGAGAAUUUUUGCCCAUGCAACAGGACUUCCAUUUCCUCUUCUUCACUUGCACAUUCCAAAAAUCUAGUCCGGGGAGUCCCCCAAAGGAAAAAUGAAGAUAAUUUCUUCCUCUCCAGCAUCAAAAUGCCAAUUUGACUCCUGCCACUGCUAGAAUUGAAAUAUGGACAAGAAACGUCUGACCUCCCACUGAGUUCAUUGGAGCUUGGUCCCAGUGGAUACUGAAUUGCAGACUGCAACUACAAUGCUACACACAGUUACUUGGAAGUAAGCCCAAUUUAACUAAAUGGGUUUGCGUCUGAGUAGACAUGCAGUAGACUGUUAAUGGCUCUACUGUACGGAUGAUCUCUCAUGCAACAGUGUGUUGGAUGCAUGAUGGUGCAAAUGAACUUCAUCCCCUUUGUGAUGUUGCCACCAGGAGCUCUAGAGGACUGGAUGCCAGAAAUUCCCAUUCACAGCUUUCCUGCACAUUGACUUACUCCUGGUUGGAUUGUUGGAUCUGGGCAAUUAUAUCCACACUAUAUUAGUCUUCACCAAAGCCUCUAAGUAUUGGCAGCUCAAAGCCAUAUUGUGAUCAAUUUAGAUAAAAUAUUUUUCUGCCCAGAUGAUGAACAGCUGAUAUAAUAUUACAUUAACCUUCUGUUCUAAAAUGGAAUGUAAUAUUUUUUUUCUUGAAAACACAUGCCAAUGCCAUUUAUUUCUAGUCAAUAUUACCUCACAAUGGUUUCUUAAAAUGAGGUGGGGACUCGCAAUAAACAUUUCAAUUUAAUUUGAAAGGUUUAUUUUAUGUAUAAACAGCCAAGGCUAAGAAACAGUUCAAAAAUAGGAAUUUAAUUAAUGUAGUAUAUUAGAUUAUCUGAGCAGCUGGAGAUUAAAGCAAAGAAACGCCAUUCCUUGAAUUUUAGAUAUCAAGCACAUGUUCCUCCCUUGUGAAGUGUAACAGAGGAUAUCAUAUGUCACAGAAAUGAGACAUUCUCUGUAUACCACCACGCUGCCAAUGGCCUAUGAAAUACUGGAACUGUUUUCUCCAUUGCAAGAAGCACCAGAUUCAUUCAACUAAUGAACAACAGGCAAAACACAACACAGUCAAAAUGUGAAAAUUUUGUGAAAUCAAAACAAAAUUUGAAAUCUUCAACCAGUGAAGAUUAAGGAUAGACAAAUUAUUCAGUUUUGGUUUCUCAGGAAUAGGUUGUGAUCAGCGGUUCUCAACCUGUGGGUCCCCAGAUAUUGUUGGACUACAACUCCCAUCAUCCCUGAGCUCUGGCCUUGCUAGCUAGGGGUGAUGGGAUUUGUAGUUCAACAACAUCUGGGGACCCACAGGUUGAGAAAGGCUGUGAUAGAUAGAUGAUAGAUAAUUCACAUACAUUGCAUCAGGAAGUUACAACACCCCAACAUUUUUACUUAUCAAGCUUUUUAUGGAUAAAAAAACUUUACACUUGUGCUCACAAAGAAGUAACAUCAGUCUCUAGAUAGAAUACUAACAACUUUUCUGACUGAAGAUGCAAACAAAAAUGGGAAAAGCGUAUUACUGUACCUUGCUGAUACAUUAAUAACAUUAAAUGGUGUAGGAAGGGCAAUUGCCAUUUGCUGAUAUUGUUCAGAAGCGUAGUUGUCAACUUUUCCCUUUUCUUGCAAGGAAUCCUAUUCGGAAUAAGGGAAUUUCCCUUAAAAAAAGGGAAACGUUGACAGCUAUGUUCAGAAGUCUCUGUCAUCAGCUACGUGCUCUCACAAAGGCAUCCUUAACUAUUGUAUCUGCAGUUGCUUGUUAUUUACUUCAGUGAAGAGACAUGAGCAGGUGUGGAAACUUCCAUCCCAACUCUGCUUGAGAGACUUUCGGUUACUAUUAUGAGCAUAUUCAUUAGCUUGUACAAUGUUCUGUGAAAUUAAUUUCUUAUGUCUAAGUCAAAACAACAGUGAGCAAUGUCAUUUUUAGAAAUGCAUCUUUGCUGUCAACAAACAUGGAUUUGCAGCAGCACUUCUAAGAUUUGUUCCCAUUGCUGCCCAUCAACCUCUGCAGAGUUGGGCUUGAAUUUGGUUCCUGUAUUUGCAGUUCCCUAACAGAGAAAUGAGUUAAGUUUUUACCAAGAUAAGCUUCCACCUGGCCUGUGCUAAUUCAGAUUGCAUGACUAACUGAGCAUCAGGGUGGGGAUCCUUACCCACAGAAAGUCAGAUUUCAAGGUGAAAUAAAGCCUAGAACUUGUUUGCUUUACCUUCUAGUUUUAUAUGUGGAGGGAUAUUGUAUGGUGCAACAUUAAAGCAUGUGAGAUCCCAACUUUAGUCUAGUUUAGUACAGUGGUACCUCGGGUUAAGCACUUAAUUUGUUCCAGAGCUCCGUUCUUAACCUGAAACAUGCUUUUGCUAAUGGGGCCUCCUGCUGCCACUGUGCCACUGGAGAGUGUGACAUUAACAUAUGAGAGAGUGCUGGAGAUGAAAUAGUUAGACAGGUUGCCCAGUCAGGGCCAGCUCUGGGACAGGCAAAAGGAGGAGUUUGUUGGGAGUUGGGUGGUUGGUUGGAAUGGGAGUGAAUUGGGCUAGAGUGGUGGGUAGGUUGAGUUAGUGUAAUGAAAUAGGCUGAGUCAGGAACAGUUAGGGGCUAGGCAGACAAGUAAAUAUCGGAGAGGUGGUUUAGUGAGAGCAGCUAGCGAAAUUUAUAGGACUGGAUAGGCACCCCAUGAAUGUAAUUGACUGAUACUGUUUAAACACACACUUGUUAAACUGCAAUAAACAAACAAAAGUUUAUGUUUCAAUGUAACCCUGACUGGACUCAGUAUUGUCCCAGGUAGGGCCUGGGUGGUGGCAGCGAGAAAGAAAGUGGUGGCACAGGGAUCAAUAGACAGUGAAACGUCUGGAGACCCUGUGUGAUCGCCACAGCAAGCGAUUUCUGUUCUUAUCCUGGGGCAAAGUUAUUAACCUGGAGCAACCACUUCCUGGUUAGCGGAGUUUCUAACCCAAAGCGUCUGUAACCCAAAGCGUCUGUAACCUGAGGUACCACUGUACAUAAAAAGUACAGAAUAUGGUAGUGGCACUAAAUAUGGUAGUGGCACUAAAGCAAAUUUACUGGGUGAGUAUCACAUCAUUGGUUUGGGGAGACCCCAGCCCCCCCACUCAAACAGAGUUUCUAUCGUAUAUAUUUGAGGUAGUUUUGCUGCUUUUCUUUCAAUUCCUCAUGAGGCACUGGAGAAAAAGAGCCACAGUAACUAUAAUACAUUAGGGACCAGCAAAAGCAUCCACAAUAUGAACAUCUGCUUAGUAUGUUAUACAAAUUGCAAGAUCCAAUUGUAAGAAAGGCUAUUAAAAAAAAUCUUCAGAACCAGCUCCAUAUUGUCAGAAACUAGAUCAUUUGUUUAUCUGUUAAAUAUGUCAAAAGCAAAUGUUCUUUAUGCUUUUUUGUUUUGCGAUUUGCAGUCAGAUCCUAAAAAAAUAUGCCUGCUGCAUGCAUUUCACAUUAAUUUUAAAUCGGGGAAUGAUUCAGUGAAGGGAGAGGAAGAACAGAAUGCUGAGUCCUUGUCAUGUAUUAAAACUCUGGCAUACUUCUAAUGCUAAAGCUGGAAGUUAAUUGGUGAACUACUUGCAUUCUCAGGGCAAAAGGUUUAAAGAAAGGGUCAUCUCUACCUGCUUUUUAUAUUCUGCCACUGCCACUCAGUCUGUAAAACGCUUCUGUGAUUUUAUCCACUUAAAGAAUUAACCCUGUUCAGCAUCACUUGUAAGACAGGUAAUUUUACCAUUGUUAAUUCUGUUCAUUUUUUCUUUUUCUUUUUUUUAAGUGUCUUCAUCCCUGGCAGAGACGAUAAUUAGCUUCAGUCUUGAAACUUGUCUGGAGGAAGUGCUGAAUUUUCAGACUGAGAUGAAGAUGCUUCCCCUUUCACUUGCCCCUAGUGCUGAGUGAAGUUAAAUUGUGCCCUUGAUUUCAAGGAAAGUCAUGCUGGAGCUGUACAAUAUGUGUUCUGGUUUCUUCCUUUAGAGCAAAACAAUACAAAAAAAUUCUAGGCUAGAAAUUAUGAAAGCAAAACCUCAGAUGAUGUGUGAGGCAAUUCAGGAUAGAUAAAAAGCUGUGUGCCUUAUGUGGACAUUUUUCUUUAUUCCCAGUGUCACAUAUAGUUAUGGUCGGGAAUGUUUUAUCUAAGUCUCAUUGCUUGUUUAUUACUUCCUACCUAUGCCACCAGCCGUUUUAGCUUGUCACCCGUGGAGAUAUGAAAAGGGCUUUGGGCUAGUUUCUCAAAUGCAUUGGACCCCUAUGUACAACACAGAUGCCCUGUGGGCCAUUCAGCUGUUAGUCUUGAGACACGGAGUGUUUGAAGCCAUUUCUGUGGUCAUGCAGACAGACUCCUUCAUCCUCUUGUCAGCUGGGCAGCUUAUAAAAUUUCCCUACAAAGCCUAACAUAAUUGGGGUACUGCAAGUGUAAUGCACAUUUAUUUCUCAGAAUUCCUCUCCUAGGCACACCAGGGAUUGCAACCUACACAUAUUGUGAAGGAUGCAAAUAUUUCUCAUUUCUACUCUUUACUAUCAAACUAGCAUUAUAACUGCAAUUUUUUACAUGGCUUUCAAAUCUUUUAGGUUACAUCAUGUAAUGUAUAUGAGAAAUUCAGCAUUAGGGCAAUGACAAAUAUUUACAGGAAUAAAAUGGGUGAUGGGCUAAAAUGCAUCCUAGACAUGUCCUUCACUGAAGCUAACUUCAGGCGUUUGAAGUAUGAGUUAAGUAGGGCAAUGGGGAUGAGUGAAUGUGCUAGAUCUGCUUCCUGUCACAAUUCUGGUCACCCUCUCUGUGUUCAGAGGCAACCCCCACAUACUUGUGGAGGCUAUAGAGAUGUGGAAGCCUGGGGAAAAUACUCAGGAAAGGGUUUUUUUUCCAGAGACUACAUCUGUGCUUUAGAACCCUGAUUUUGGGUGGGUUGUAUUUGUUGGUUACCUCUGAUAACAGUUGUUACAUUUCCCUUUUGGUCUUGGCUAUUACAAGAUGUAAGUUUGUAACUCUUUGUAUUCCCUCUAAGUAAUACGAGUGGGACCUGCAACAACAGCAAAUGCCUAGUCCCACUGAGUUCACAUGAGCUUCCUUCAAGCUAAGUGUGUUUAUGAUUGCAGCUGCAAUGUUGCAAUAUUAUCACCUCCUAACAAGAGGACUCUUGCUCAAGGAUCCAGCCAGCCAUGCCCUCCUCUGAUACUCCAUUCCAUUGCUACCUUUUCCAUCUUUCCAUUCCCAUUGCUAUUCAAUAUUUCAAGGCUACUGAAAAUGCUCAGUCUUUUUUGGGCUCUUCAUGAGUGGGUAGGAGAGAAAGAGAGAGAGAGAGAGAGAGAGAGAGAGAGAGAGAGAGAGAGAUUAGUAAUUCUGCAAAUCCUAGAAGUUCCCAUUUUGGCUACAAUCCUGUUGGUACUCACCACCUGAACUUACUAUUAGAAGGAAAGAUAUUAAUAUUGAUAAAGUUGAACUAACUCAGCAUGCAAUCCAGCUCAAAUGUGCUAAGAGAAUCUAAAUGAUAAUGUACAAACCUAAGCAGAAUGCACUGGGAUUUCGCAGGAUCCACAAUGCCCCUUUGAAUAAAUGGGAGCUAUUCAAUUAACCAUCAAUGUACAGUAUUAGUAUUCCCCCAUAUAUAUCUCAUCAAUUUCAAAAAAGCUUGAAUAUGAAUACUCUGUUUGGAGUAAGUCCCUUAAGGAACCAGAUCAAAUGUCUAUUAAUUAUAAAAGUAAAGAUUCAUAGGACUUGGACUUGCGCCAUUAUAUUUUAAUUAUACAAAUGGCUGUCAUAUUGAUUUCCUCAGUGUUAGUGACUUGGAUCUCAGUUGUAUGCGUUCUGAAAACAAGUGUACAAGAUAAAUUAUUAUGUCCAUCACUGGUGCAAAUGGACAACUCAUCCACUUGUUUACAUGCUGUAAUCAACACUGCCUCCUGUACUGGGGUAUACAUGUAAUACAGGAGCCUUGGAAGAUGAGAUUGUUUGUGCAGCUAUAAAAUAGGCAGAUUGGGGAGCAAGCCUAUCUGGUGUCCUUUGUAUUUAAUUCUGUAUGCCAUCAGCACGUCAAAAUAUACAAGAAAACUGACAUUGUUUUCUGUAACAAUUCAAAACAUUAAAAAAUACAAUAUAUAUGCCAGAGACCUUGCAAAAUUCAGCUCUCUUUCACUUCUUGAUUAGCCCACUGGAAUGCCAGUUUCUCAUUUGUUUUGAAAAAGUUUUCAAGAAUUGAAUAAUCAUACAUUUGGAUUGCACUCCCUCUGAAUACACAUUUAUCAUUCCUACAUGCAUCAGUAUUUUUCUCCAAGUUUUCCUUUCAGCAAAUUUCUUGAUGGAAUCUUUCAAAUUGCUGAUGAGAUUGGCACAAGAGGUUUGGAAUGAGUUUCUACCGGUAAAUUGUUGUUGGCCUCCAUCUGUCUUGGGAGACAAUGGAGGAGUGUGCCUUUGGGGGUGAAGUCAAACUGCUGAAAGGUUACAGCACCUGCUGUGGCUGUAGAGAAAGAUACAGGAUCUGCACUAUUCCUCCCUGAGUUGGAGCAUAUUCUGGAUUACAUAUUUCCAUAAAAUUCUAACUACUGACAUGUGAGUGAAAGCUAUGUGUCUCAUUAACUUUCUAAAGUUAAUAUAUUUUCUGUACUCACCAGAUUUUGAUGGCAGCUUCCAGCCAUCAUAUUCAAUUAGCAAUAUGUGAAUACUCUUUGCAUCAAGGGAAUGUGUUAAUUACCAAAUCAUUUAUUAUGUCAAGUUUUUUUUUUUUUAAAGAAUGACAUUUGCUGGCAGUCUAAAUUUAUUUUCAUCCAAAUAAGCAGUUAGGUGAUUUUCUUAAAAUACUUGUGAAUCAAAAUGCCAGUUAUGUUUUGUAACUGAUUAUCUCCGGAAUUCAUUCGUACAGCAAGCUGAGAAAAAUUGAUGUACAAUAAAAUCUUGUGGAGUGAACCAAACAUGUUAUUAGCAUCAUGUUUACAUCCAUAGCCCCUCACAAACCUUCUCCAUUAUGGCCUACUAAUCAAAAUGGGGCUACUAGCUGAUAGCAACACAUAACUUAAAGUAAAAGAGAUGUCGGUAUAUAUCUUUGGUACCACCCAUAUGGAUUAUAGCCCAGUUAAAGCAUUCUCCUAAUCUGGGAUUUCCACAUAUAAGGAACAGGAUUUCAGCCUCAUCGCUGUUGCCCUGCACAUCUAUCUAGGUGAGAUGUCCAAGCUUCUUUUAUGAAAUAUAUGUCACAUUGCUCUGUCAUGAACAUAUGAGAGAAAAUCACCACAUUUUUCUCAGUUAAAUAUAUAUAUUUUUAAGCUGUAGACCACAGUACAGUGAUCAAGACACCUUCUGACCAUGACCUCUUUGACUUCUUCUCAGGAUAAUAUUUAUUUAUCAAGCACUUGCAAGAAAUGUACAGAUGUUCUUUGGAUUUCUAAGCAAUGGCUGUCACCCAGUUUCUCCAGUGUGCACUCACGGAACUGCCCACCUCCUGUUAAUGGGAGGUGCUACUUAUUCAAUGGUAUUAGAUACAUAGGUCUAGCAUUAACUCAAAUGGAGCAGGUCCUGUUGUCAAGGAGUUUCAUACAUGCAUCUGAGCCCCUCAUUUCCAUUCUCCAUUUAGUCCACUAGACUGGGAUAUUUGACUGCUAGCUAGCUAGCAACUUGCUCAGAUACUAACUGUAUUAGUUACAACAGCAUUGCACUCCUGUAUAGGAUUAAAAAAAAUAUCCAAUUUGGAUACCAGGAGCCUUUUCCAGUUGGAAAAAUUGCUACCUAUGAAGAAGAGAUAAUCAAUUAGCAGCAAGUAAAGGAUAAAACAUUUUAAGAAGCAAACAAUCCACAGUAAAUAAAACUUGCCCUUUCCCUGUGUGAUUUUAUUCAGUAAACAUCUGAAAACAUUUCCGCUCACAAGUUUGCUACAGCAAUUUAAAUUCUUUUUAUCUGCCAAAGAGCAGCUGUGCAUGGUUUUGUUUUGUGUAAAAUCAGCAUAAAAAACAAGAAAUGAGUUCGCAAAGUAUAAAUAAAAUGUUUUACUUUUGAUGAAGGAGAUGGUUUCCCUGGUCAUCAUAAAAGAGCUGGGAAUGUGACUAAAGAAAUAUAACAUUUGUUUGUAAACUUUUGGGAGCAGCUGUAUAAUUGUACAGAAAGAUUCCUACCUAAGCAGCAAUAAGAAUUUAGAUUUCCAUUCAAUUUUGGAGAAAGGCAAUAAUGCUUUCCCCCACAGCAUCACUCUUUUUUUAUAAUUUCAGAGCAACAAAAUUCACUUAAUUACAUCAAAAUUGAGGAAAAACUUGUUCCUGAAGCAUAGGAAGCCUAUAUUUUGUUUAAUAUGAGGACAUUGCUUUGCUCUAAACAAAUAAAAGUUACAUUAUUGCUAAGAUAUAUUUUACGAAAAAAUGUAUCAGCUGCAGCAGCAAGGAGAUUCAAUAGUUCAGCAAAAAAUAAAAUAAAAAAUAAGGCACGGUGAUUCACACAACAACUUUAAGAUGGUUCAGAGUUAAUUUUCGAACUUCCUGCCCAUGAGGAGCCCAGAGUGGGUAGAGUCAGUCUAGAAGAUUCUGUAGCAAUGUUGGGGAGUGGUCAACAGUUACUGGCAGUUUUAAUCCUAGCCGUUUGCUAAGUGCCUUGAGUCCUUCACAAGUAGCUGUGUUUCUCUAUGGAUCUAUUAACUUCACCCAAUAGAGAUAACAAACCUACUACAGUUUCUCUGAUGCCUUAGCUGUAGAGGUAAGCAAAAAGUACCUAAUCUUUCAAGGGAUUGUUGACACUCCUCAGCUCACUUCAGCUACUGAUUUCCCUCUUGAACAUUUAAGAAAAGCUGAGGAAUUCACCUGAGUUUAUUCAGAGAUAGCUGUCCCAGGAUAUUGUAGCCAUGAUCUAAUAAUAUAACCAGCAGAGGUAAGUCAGUCUAUAAUUUAAAAGUAUUUUAGUGCUAAAGAGCCAUUUGAUUAGGAAUAUGUACAGUGGUACCUCAGGUUACAGAUGCUUCAGGUUACAGACGCUUCAUGUUACAGACUCCGCUAACCCAGAAAUAGUACCUCAGGUUAAGAACUUUGCUUCAGGAUGAGAACAGAAAUCAUGUGGCAGCAGCGGCAUGGCAGCGGGAGGCCCCAUUAGCUAAAGUGGUGCUUCAGGUUAAGAACAGUUUCAGGUUAAGAACGGACCUCCAGAACGAAUUAAGUUCUUAACCUGAGGUACCACUGUAAUUGUAAACACACACACACACAUACUACAGAAAGCAAAAAAAGGGUCCCCCUUCAACUGAAGGUAUAUAUUGAUCACAACAUCUUUUUCUUCAAAUUUAGAACUGCCAUUUCAAUCUUAUUUACUUACAAAGUUUACCACAAUAUUAUCGGUCUUUCCAUAAUAAGGAAACAGCAAAGAUGUUAUAGAAAAUUAUUCAUUUGGAACCUAGAACAAAGGGGCAGUGGCAUAGCAAGGGUUGGCAGUGGCGUACCAUGUGUUGCCAGUGUCUGGGACUGCAUGAGAGUGAGGAAAACGGAUGGAGUACACAUGCACAUUCAAUUGCCUAACGGGGUCCAUGUCACCCAGGGCAUUGCAGCCACAGAGAGAUGGCUGGAGAGGUCACUACCUGGUUUGCAUGGAGAAGCAAAUUUCAACAGAGCCCAGCAAUGGAAGCAGGCAGCUGUAUUGAGGCAGCACUGGGUGUUGAAAUUUUGCACCCCUUAACAAUUUUGUGUCCAGGGCAACCACCCCUGUGCCCCCCAUGCUCCACCACUGCAAAAGAGACAUUAAUUUUCAAGAAAAAACAUUCCAAUUAUAUCAGUUAUAUUUCUUUAUUUUAUCUGAGGACAGAAACAUAGCUUUUUGAUAAUGAACAAUGAGUCCAACAAUUUAAGUAAAGCUUCUGUAUAUUAAGUCUUCCGUAUAUUAGUUUUGACACAAUACUUUCAAAGGACUUACAAAUGGCAGACUUUUCUGAACACAUCUUCCCAAUGUUGGCCAGAUAUAUAACCCUGAAGCUAUUCUUUUAAAGGUGAAAUCCAGAACUCAUUUACUCCUGAGCAAUUUCAUUAACUCAACUGAGUUAUUUUUGAAAUAAAUGGAUCAUGCAUUGAAGCCAUAUUAAUUGGUCCCACGUUGGUGAACAUACAUUUCAAGAUGGAGGUGCAGCCAACAAAAAAUUUAGUUGCCACAUCUUUUUUUCAUCUAAAGAGGCAAUGAUUGUAUGGUACAUGUUAUUAACGGUUUUCAUAUAGUUUUGGUAGAUUGCACUCUAAUAAGAGAAAAUAAAAAAUCCCCGAAACCUCCUUGAUUUUAAUGACUGUUUCAAUAGUAUUCACCCUGAGGGCUACUGGAAUGUUUCCUGUAUCCUGUAUCUUCUGUUGUGGGCCAUUUGGCCAUGUUUAAUAAGCUGGUGUGUACAGUAACUUUCUUUGCCCACUGGCACUGUGACAAUUUAUUCAUUUUGAAUUGAAAUGUAUCCAUGCCUGCUGCCAUAAAACAAAUUGUGUUUGAGAGAACAGUGCAACGAUCCAAAUCACUUGGACCUUAUUCAGACAGUUGCUGAGUGGAUCAGGCUGCAGGUACACAUUUUCUAGGUCUGAAAACCAUGUUGCCUAAUUGCAGUAGAAUAAUUCUGGUGCCAUGUGUUUAUGCAUUGUAAUCAAAUUACAUGAUGCCAUGAUUUAGUGAGGAAGCAAAAUCCAAUAACCCUGCAAUGUCAGUGUGAGGAACCCGUUCAGAGAUCUAUUUACCCACAAUUAGUUAUUCAAAAGCUCUUGGAUUUUAUUCAGGGCAUAUUCUCUGAUGUUUAUUUAUUUAUGGCACUUGACACAGCAGCGUUUGAAUGCCAGGUGAAAAUUAGUGAGGCAUUCUUCACAAUCAGUGAUGUUGUGAGAAGGGAAGUAACACUCAAGACUGCUGUGAAGAACAGGAUAAUGUGGGCAAAUAACAGUUAAGUGCUUUGACCAGUGCAAUGCAAGUGGUGUAUGAGGAUCUAGGAAUUCUUCUGCUAACUCUCACUUCUGUGACCUUGAACUUAAUUCCGGAAAUCUAGUAGGCUACAUCCUUGCUUUUCUAUUUGCACAGUGGAUAGGUUUUUUUGUUUUUUUAUAAAACUUUUAUCAAAGCUCCCUCGAUAAAAUGUGUCCUAAAGAGAAGGAAUGCAAGCAUCCAAAUUAGAUCAUUCUUGUUUUUACUUUGCAACUGCUAAGACUGAUUCACCACUAUUGUGGAGAAACAGGCAUGAAUUUGCACUACAUUUCAAAGUACAUCAAACAACAAAUUGCUCAUGUAUGUAUAUAACAGGCUUUACCAACUUGGUGCUCUCAACCAUGCUGGCUGGGGCUGAUGAGAGCUGUAGUCCCAAGUUCCAAGCAGCCACCUAUUUGGGGAAAGCUGUACUGAGAUACCACAUCGCUUAAAUGCUCAAUGCAUAAUCACAAUGUUAUUAAUGCUGCUUGGGUUUUAAUGCACAGAGUAUGAAACCUUAAUUGUGCCAAGUAUUUUACAACUUUAUCAUGUUCGGUGUCAGAACAACCCAAAUAUGUAGGUUACAACCCCAAAUCUGCUCCCAAAGCAGAUUUGGAAGGAUCAUGGGGAGAAAGGAAGGAGAGAGUUCUGCUGUACUCAUGGAAGUUGUUUCACUCAUGCAAUCAUUUAUUUGGAUGCAACCCUAUGUUGCAUGUAUUAUUUGCCCCUAUUCACAGGAAAAAUUCAACUAGUGAUACCCAGGCAAAACUGCUUCUAGAUAAGGAAAUGUUUCCUGAAUAGAUAUGUUCAAUAUUUGCAACUGGUUGCAAUACAGCAACCAUGACUAAUUUUUCAUAUUAUGAGGCCCUUAACAUUGAUCUGUUAACAAAUUAAUUUCCUAUUGUUAGGAUUAGAAAUACAUUUGCCUUCAGUUAUGAUACUGAAUAAUGCAAAGUUAUUCUCUCCCUGAUACAAGAUCACAGUUUACUUCCCCUGUGAUUAAUUUUCAGCCACAUGUAUUAUGAGGUUAGAGUGUCUAGCGCAGGAAAAUAAACAUGGCUUUUACUAUUGAUUUUAAGGAUAGUAUGCUGGUGUCUACAUAUAAAAGGAGAUAAGCACCUGAGCUGUAUGAAUUAUUAUGCUAACCUUAAACAGUUGAAUAAAUCUAUUUUAAAAAACAAAGCAGAGACACAGAGAAAUGCCAGAGGAGAAAUGCCUACCUGUUUGUGUGUGUUUAUAUAUAGUUUUUCAAUACAUAAAAUGUUCAUACAGUGUAUAGCAAUAUUGCAAUGGUUUCACUUCAUUUUUUUAAAGAAAUCUAACAACUGUGCAUGGCAUAUUACAUACUUCAGCACAUGGGGUAUAUCAUAUAUAAAAUAAUGAACAUGAGAGUCAAUAACCUUAGCAGACUUGAAUGGGUUGAACAAUCUAAUAGCAUUUAACAGGAUAUUGAGCCAACAUGUUCUUCUGUGUAAAGUUUGCUGACUCUAGAGAGUUUCAGUGAAGAAUCAAUUGGGCCUUCCUGAUGCUAGUACUAUAUGGGCUGAUUUACGUUAUCCUUUGCUAAAGAAUGUCUCUAGGACACUGUGUGAGCAUCUUCCGAACAUUUUGAUUGCACCAUAAACAUCAAAUAAAAUACACUGAUUUACCUCAUUUGCUCUCAUUUAGGAAAAUGUAGGUCUAUAUCGAUGCAGUUAGACAGCAGUUUAAUGCCACUAAUAAUGAAAAGCCAAAAUUAAAACAGUAGACAGAAAAUGGAAGGUAUGGGAAGUCAAAUGUGCAAAUGCAACAUAAAUGAAGGAAAGUUAGCAGAUCAUUAGAGGUUUUAAAUGUCUCCUAGAUCUAACUGCAUUGAGCUGUUAGAUUUCAUUGGCCUCCAAGUUAAUGUGAAAUCUCUUUUAUGUAUAGCCAUCUCAAAGCCAAUCUAAAUAGUUGGUGAUCAAUUAAGACACACUAGCCUUAGACGAGUGUUAGAUCCAGCAGAAUAGAGAUUCAAUUAUGCAAGCAGACAUUUUGAUAUCCACUGAGAAGCAUUACUUCGUCUGCACAUUUAAAACACUACCUCCAAUAUAGGUAAAUCCAACUGCCGCCUAUAUGGAACAAAGUUCUCGGCACAGAUAGACAGGCCACUCUAUCCCACCAAGGCAGAAUUGGACACCAUGAGUCAGAGGAUGCUUUUUAUUUCUACAGUACCAUCUAGGCAGCACUAAUGUUUGGGCUACUGUCCUACAUCCUUUUUAAGAAUACAAGGAUGAAUAAACAGAAAUGCCAAUAGCUUGAAUAAGAUGUACCUAUCAGCCCAUCUCCAAAAACCUGCAAAGCCUUGCUACCCUGCCAGUUUGUGGCAAAGAAGCAGAAACCUUGGUUCCUAGACAGUGCUUUCUGCUGAGCACUUAGUUUGGCCCUGGAAUUGUUCUUUGACAUGACAUGCCAACACCAUCAAAAGAUGAAUAGACCUAAAAAACAAAUCAUUUCCUUUGAUUCUAAGCCAUUCAAAUAAAAAAACCUAUAAGACUGUGUUUGUGUUUUCCAUUCUGUACAACCAUACAGUAGCCUGUAUAAUUCUUUCAAGAGACCUGCCUGUCAGCAAAGAGGUCAACUUAUUUCCUAUUUUUGUUUGUAGAAGCAGAAUGGUUAUAAAUGGCAUUUCUCAGCUCCCUCCCUAGCAGUAGUCUUCUCCCUCAUUGUGCAUAAUAUUAUCAAGUCCAUAAAGUGUAAAAAAGGGGGGAAAGCAUAUUCUUUUACGAAUAUCAUUACUUUCAUUAAGAAUUAGUGCUUUCAGUAAGAAUUAGUGAUCUAUUUCUUCUCUAUCUUAUUUCAAGGCUUUGAUGUUUGAGCUUAAAUGGAGUGCACUUUCAUCUUGACAGUUAGUAAAAUAAAGGUUUCAAACAUUUUAAAAUUCUGAAGUAAUUUUUCUAAAUUGGGCAUUCAUUUUUUUUGUGAUCACAUCAAGCAUACACUUAUUCUUUUCCCACAGUACCAUUCCAUACUUUCAAAUGCACACAGUGGAACAAGGCAUCAUGGGAAACACAAGAGUGCUGCCAGGAAGGGCUGGCUGUGUCAAAGUCUUGUUCAUCUAACAUGUCAGGACAUAGUUCAUUUUCUCACCUGCAUGCCACAUCAUGGUUUAUCCUGGUGAAGAGAAAGAAAUCCAUGGCAUCAGGAUGUCACAACAAAUGAACAUCAUGAUGUCAUCAUAGUCCAAUGCUUCUAUCUUUUAUGGAUAAUUGGUACUGCCCACUGAGCUGUUUCCCCCAAAAUAAAUAACUAAAGUGCCCCAUCCCAAUUCAUAUUUUGGUACCCUACCACACAGUGAAGAUUAAUGUCAUCAUGAGCAUGACAGGUUCUGGGUGCCUCCUCUUUCUGCAAUUUCUUGAACCAUCACCUUAACCUUCAUCUAAACUGGUAACAGAAGAGAUACUGGAUGAGGCUUUCCACCUUCCUGCAUUGUUUACUACUAUGGCAGCAUGCCUGGUAGCCGGUCAUUUGGACAUGUAGUUUUACAAGGCAUGCUAUGGACAACUACCCCCCUGUAAGCUAUACGUUGUUGUGCAUGUAUUCUAGCUGCAAGUAGCCCUGAGAUGCCUACUUUCCAGGCCAUUUGCAUCUACACUAAUUACAUUUACCAUGUCCCUUGGUACCUGAAACACAACAAUUGCACCAUUGCAAGAUGCUAGGGGUGCAGAAUAAUUUUGGGGAUUGUUAUUGAAUUGUAAUUACACUGUUGGUUAUUGGGAUUGCUCCCAGUGAACACAACACAAAUUAUCAUCUAUCAAAGCCUUUAGGUGUCCUCUGCUUCACACCACAAUUCUGUCUUGUCUAAUUCUCUUUUUAGCUAUCUUGUCAUAGGUCUGAGAAGUACAAUUUGCCCCAGUACAUUCUCUUUAGGCUAUUAAAACCUUGUUACUCAUGAGAUUCAAUGCAUUUUGUUUUGUUGAAUCAGCAUCUUGGAAGCUUGUCUUUGUGGGAGGAAUUUAGUUCUUGCCAAGGGAUCUUUGUCUAUAUUGUAUAUGGAAUCUCACGUGAGUAAUGAAAUCACCCACUGGCACAUUCUCAGCAAGCUGUAGGAUCCAAUGCUCCCAUUGCACUGACUGAUUUCCAAAUAGUUCAGCCAUUGUAGGAGCAGUGUCUUUCAAAAUCAUAUAAAAAAAGAUUGACAGCAUUAAUAAUUGUCGUCAAAUAGUGCAGGCAUCCAUUGAUUCUUGGAAUGUUAGCCUGAGGCUUCCCAGUUUGACUAGGCUAGUGUCAGGUUUUAUUUGUUAUUUUUGAAAGGGCAGCACUAUGAUAGAUAGAUAUAGAUGAUAGAUAGAUAGAUAGAUAGAUGAUAGAUAGAUAGAUAGAUAGAUAGAUAGACAGACAGACAGACAACACAUUUUAUCUGAACAUAAAAACAUCCUUGGGCUUUAUUUUCAUACAUCAUGCGCAUGGUGUAUGAAAUAUUUCAUGAGUGGCAUUUAUUAUCCAUAUUUAUUUAAUCGAUCUAGAUGUUGCUUUAUAUAUAUUUAUAAUAAGUUCCUAAAGCUCUGACCACAUAAGCAUUACUUCUGGGAUAUGGAAACAAACACAAGAAAGAUCCUUAAGAAUCUCUACAAGAAGUUCCAAGUCUGUCUGCUGAACCCAAUCAUUCUCUCAGGGGAGGAGGAUGUGGCAAAUGCAGUCCCCUCCAUAUGGGGAAGGAACAGAAUUAUUGAGGUUUCAGAUGAAAAGACUUUCACAAGAUUGGCGCAGCACAAUUUCCUCAUGCUGCAGGAACAUACUAUUUCACGAACUUAUCUUUAAAAAUAGAUUCCUUAAAGUUAGAAUAGUAGGUAGUUCACCAAAAUUCCAAUUAAUUAGGCAAUGAAUUAAUUGCAUGGGGCUAUGGGGAUCUGGAUGAGUCAGAGGUGACUCUUUGCUUACUCUUGUUAGCUGUACCAGGCUCCCCUGGCCACAAGCAUUCUUUUAUGACCACAGAUCCCACCCUGAACCUGUCACAUGCAGGUAGGCAGGGGGCAAUUGGUGGUAUUACUGCCAGUAAGCCUUGAAGAUGGUUCUGAAAUUUGGCUUUCCAAGGGUAGAGUGGGGCCAGGGCUGAGACGAGCUACACCAUGGUCUGCUGGAUCCUUUGUAACUCAGAGCCUAGAUCAGGCACAGAGAUUGAGCCUUCCCAUCAUCCAUUGACAUGAGCAGCCAGGCUGAGGAUACCAUGGUAGCAACACUGGGAAGUUAGGAUCGCUCUGCUAUCCAACCACUCACCAUAGAGAUUCUCCCACUAUACAGCCUGAUGAAUUUGCAUUAUUGGGAUGAAGCCAUAACUGUUUUAAAUGGAUGGGUUGCUUUGUUAUGCAAAAUUCAAAGAAGCACAUGUAGCAUGACACAUUCUAGUUCAGAGUAAUUGUCCACAAACAGCAGGAGAAAAGACUGGCUUGGGUUCUAUGGUUAACAUUGUGGCAGGGGCAGGGGGAGUGAGGAAGCUUAUGAGAAUAGAUUAUUUGUGUUUUCAAUGUCUUGAGGCAAUUCAUUCACUUUUAAAGUGAUGCAGAAUGUGUUAGAAGCACCCAUGGAGGUAAUUUAUGUCCACAGUGUGAAACCGAAUGCGCCACAUACACUCAGAUGUUUAACUGAAGCUUAAGUAUUUAUUGGGUCUGAAUUGCUUGUUUCAAAGAGAAGAGAAAGAAGUCUAGAAAUAACUAGAAAUCUAACAAUCCUAUGUUCACGCCAAAUAAAAUUAGCUGCCGAAGUUCUGCACAAAGAUUUAUAGGAGUAAGCCUUGAAAGGCUUGACAAAGCAUCAAUCUGUGGUUGAGCUGAAUUUUGGUGCUCUAAUAAAUCCAAAAGUAAAUCCAGCAUUUUGUUCAGGCCACAGAGGGAGCAACAGAUAAUUUCACUUUUCAAGAGCCAGAGCUAGCCGAUAUUUGGGAAACCAUUUCACCAAAUUUCUCCAGGAAGUGAAAUUAUCCAACAAUUUUUUACUGAAAGGGCUGACCAUUAUGCGUGGAAGCAGCGUAGCUCUAUUCUUUCCUUUCUUGAUUCUUUUACCUGCUGCUGCAGGUGGCAACCAAAGGAACUUUGUUUCUUCUACAAUACCUGUGACCUAGCAUUGUUUUGGAGCAUUUUGUGGAGACGGGGUUGGCAGCCAUGGCAAAAAUAUGACACAGAAUAUUAAGAAAAAAUUCUGUAAAAAAACCCAAACAUGAUUCUCUUUUUUUAGAAGAGUGAUCAGACACCGUCAUGCAGGUUUGCCAAUCAUGCAGAGCCCCUGCACACCAGCUGGAACUUACACAGUAGGCUUUCUGUUCAAACAAUCAUUCACAAUGUGUAGGGGCUAAAAGUGUGGUCCCUCUCCAGGAAGACCUGGUAGCAUCCUACAUGUGAGAAGUCAGUGACUAGUGCUUUUGCCUGAAGAAUAAUUUUAGAGCACCUAACUACAGGCUCUAAUGUAAUAUAGGAUUGUGCAUUUUUUUUGUAAAAGCAUGGCACAAAUUACAUAAAGCAAAAAAUUUAAAACUGGAAAUACAAGCUAUUGGGGACUAUUGGGGACCUUUAAAGAGAAGCAAAAAUUCCCAAAUAAUAAAUGAGAAAAGCAGAUGUGAUUGGCAUCUGCCGAAGUUAUCAGCAGUAAUAAAUUUCAAUUUAAAUAUUCAAAGUACAAACUCUCUCCACCCCAUUCCCAUGUUUUUCAUUGUCCUCUAAGAGAUAUAAAAUAUAACAGCACCCUAUUAGCUAAUAUAUCUAUGUGAUUUUGUGUUAGAUAUAGAUAGAAAGGAGGACAGAUGCUUACAUAAAAUAAGCUGUAUGGACGUGGUAACAAAACAAUUAAGGGCUCAUAGAAAUUUCUUUUAGGAAAGGUUAAGCAUUUUUUCUUCUGAAACACUUGGUAAUUCUUAGAAAGUCUUCUAUUUCCUACAGUGAAUAAUAGACAGUCUUACCAGUUGGCACCUGAACUCACUUCCUAGCAGAAUAAUGCUGGCUAUAGCUCUCUGUCAAAAGUUAGUCAAGUUUCAGGUGUUGCCUUUGUUCAUAUACUUCUAGUGCUGAGAAUGGCAGGGAAACAAUAAGGCCAGCAGGAAAAGGCUAGGAAAUAGGAAAGGAAUUCCAGCAGCACAGUGGGUUGAGUGUGUGCUCCAAUUCAGUGUUAAACAUAGGGUUUUCCUAUGUUUCCUUUCCACUUUACUGGUGGAAAGGGACAGAGCAAUAAGUGGGGAUGAGCCCUAAGAUCAUCUCCCUGACUAGGUAAAUGUAAAGGUAAAGGACCCCUGGAUGGUGAAGUCCAGUCAGCGGUGACUAUGGAGUUGUGGCGCUUAUUUCGCUUUCAGGCUGAGGGAGCUGGCGUUUGUCCACAAACAGCUUUCCGGGUCAUGUGGCCAGCAUGACUAAACUGCUUCUGGUACUAUGGGACACCAUGACAGAAACCAGAGUGCACAGAAACACCGUUUACCUUUCCGCCGGAGCAGUACCUAUUUAUCUACUUGCACUUUGACGUGCUUUCAAACUGCUAGGUUGGCAGGAGCUGGGACAGAGCAAUGAGAGCUCACCCCAUUGUGGGGAUUCGAACUGCCGACCUCCCGAUCGGCAAGCCCAAGAGGCUCAGUGGUUUAGACCACAGCACCACCCAUGUCCCUAUCUCCCCGACUACAGCCAUAACUCUUUUACUUAGUUCCACGUAUUUUCCUUAUAUAAGUUUAACAAAAGAAAACUCUUGCAGUUACCAUAUUGUUUCAAAAAAUCAACAUGCCUCCUUGAAUUUAGACAUAGUCUUUUAGUUUCUCUACUAGUCAAUCUGCCAGAGUCUUUAUCUGUUUUACUACAGGGGACAUACUUAUUUCCUGGUUGUGAUUGAAUCCAGGGGAACGUAAGUCAGUUCAGAGACGAGGUGGAACAAUAUUUACAUUUUCCUUUUCCUACAUGUUCCCUUUUUCACAGAGUUAAAAAAAAGGACAUCCUUAAUUUGUAACCUAGGAACCAGGCCUCAAUGAAAGGUCUGUGGGAUAGAGAAUAACUGACACAACACAGUAGGGGAUAUUUGCCAGAUAGUUGUGGAACUAGAUGCGUAAAUUGGGCUCUGUCAGCACUCCACAAGACAAAAACCCAGGAGAAUAAGAUGGUAAUGUUUAAGUCUAUUAUUUUAUUAUUUAUUGAGCUUAUAUACUGCCCUAUACCCUAGGGUCUCAGAGCGUUUCACAGCAUAAAAUCAAGAUAUAAAACCACAAAAUACCUAAUGAAAACAACAACAACAACUCUAACAGUAGUUAGGCUCUCUCUGUCCAGACAGGAGCGUAACUGGGCCACCAGCCAAAGCUGAUGGAAGGCACUUUUGUCUUUGUUUGGUGAUGCAGAAGCAGCCAGCCCAGCAUUCACCUGAAUAAAUUGCAGUAAUAAAGUAAUCAUCAAGUUUCUUCCUCUUGCCAUAUUGACUAACAUAGACAAUUCUUAAUUGACUAUAUAAUUAUGAGACUUUACCUUUUGUGAUAAUAGUAUGGUUGAUACAUUCUCUUGACUGCGCCCUGCUACCUCAUAGUAGAGGGUGAGUAAUAAAUCUAAUAGCAGACAACAAUGGUAGCAGUCUUUCUUUUAAUGCUACCCUGUAUUUAUAUUAUUCUUAUUCUUAUUCUUAUUUAUUGAAUAUAUAUACAGUGGUACCUCGCAAGACGAAUGCCUCGCAAGACGGAAAACUCGCAAAACGAAAGGGUUUUGGGUUUUUUGAGUUGCUUCGCAAGAUGAUUUUCCCUAUGGGCUUGCUUCGCAAGACGGAAACGUCUUGCAAGUUUGUUUCCUUUUUCUUAAAAUCGUUAAUACAGUUGUGACUUGACUUCGAGGAGCAACUCAUAGCACGCGGUGUGGUAGCCCUUUUUGAGGUUUUUGAAGACUUUGGUGAUUUUUGAAGCUUUUCCAAAACUUUUCUGACACCGUGCUUCGCAAGACGAAAAAAACCGCAAGACGAAAAAACUCACAGAACGAAUUAAUUUCGUCUUGCGAGGCACCACUGUACUGCCCUAUACUCGGAGGUUUCAGGGCAGUUCACAUAAUAAAAUUCUAAUGGCUAUUCUGUAUUUGAGUGCAUGGUAAUUUCUAGGCAUAUAAUGCCUGGCUGCAGCUUCUUCCCACUCUUUGUGUUUCCACAGAAUGCAGUGAAUGUUCAAUAGUCAAAUGCUAAACCUGUGAAGUAGUCCUUACUAUGAUCUGAUAAUGCUAACACCUUAAUGGUUGGCUUCCAGACAUUGCUGGGCUCUAGUUCUCAUCAUCCUGUGUCAUUGACUGUGCUGGCUGAGGCUGAUGGGAGUCCAACAACAUCUCAAUUCCUGCUUUAAGGUUUAAAUUCUCCUAAAAGGAGAAAUAUUGAAGGCCCAAAUGCAGACAAUACCAACAAGAAAGAAAAGUGGAGGGCAUCUAAGGAAACUGGCGUGGCUGCAUGAGGAGCUUACAAAUGAGCAGAGAGUUAAGAAGGGCCUGUAUAAGAAAUGGGAAAUCAUAACAGGUGCCGGGGGAAAGUCAGGCUGAAUACAGCUCAGAACAGAUAAUUCAACAGACUGUGAGCAUUUAGAAAAGGAUGCUGUGAUUACUAAGACCCAGCAUGGGUUUCGGAGAAACAAGUCAUGCCAGACCAAUCUGACGGAAUUACAAACUUAGUGGAUCAGGGAAAUGUUGUGUACAUAGUGUAUCUUGAUUUCAGUAAGACUUUUGACAAAGUACCCCAUGAUAUUCUCACAAAGAAACUGUUAAAAUAUAAGUUGAACAAGGUAACUGUUAGAUGAAUUUGUAGCUUGUUGACUGGCCAAACCCAAAGAGUACUCAUUAAUGGUUCCUCAUCAUCCUGGAAAAAAGUGACAAGUGGGGUGCCACAGGGUUCUGUCCUGGGCCCCUUGUUGUUCAACGUCUUUAUAAAUUACUUGAAGGAAUUGAGGGGAUGCUCAUCAAAUUUGCAGAUGACACCAAACUGGGAGGGGUAGCUAAUGCCACAGAAGACAGAAUCAGAAUUCAAAAUGAGCUUAACAAAUUGUAGAACUGUUCGCAAGCUAACAAAAUGAAUUUCAAUAGGGACAAAUGUAAGGUUCUUCACUUAGACAGGAAGAACCAAAUGUACAAAUAUAGGAUGGGGGACCGGGCAAUGGGGAAGCCAGAAAAGGGGACCUGGCAAUGGUGGCAUGUCACACCCCCACCACUACUGCCACCCAUUUUUUUAGGAGAGUGGACUUUAUGUUAAGGAAAAUAUGGAUAACAUCAGUACUGUUCUGAAAGUUGUAGCUUUGGUGCUGUUGUUUUCCCCCCUGUGCUUCAGGAGAGAAAGUAAUGAGUAUCCUGACUUGGAAUAUAUUUCUAGAGCAUGACUAUUGCGGAGAUUCAUUCACCUCUCUUUUACAUAAAUACUAUGCUGACUAAAAUAUUCUAGUCAUUGGACUUGUGGAAUUUAUUCCAUUGAGGCUACGGUUCCAUGAAUCCUACCCAUGUUUACUGGGAUAUAAAUUGUUUUCUAUGACACUCUUUUUUGAGUAAGAUGUGGAACUGGAUUUUUAUUUUCUUUUUCCCUCUAAUGCUAAAAAGGCAUAGAACCUAGUGACACCUUAAGGACUAAAAGCCUAAUGCUGACACUACACUGCAUUUUCUCUUCAUUUCAGAGAUGGGUCAUUUUCCCCCAGUACCUGCCGAUCUCUACUUUUAAUCAGAUCUCAUUUCUGUACAAUUAUCAUUUCAGGCUUGUGUUGAUUGCUUUUGCUAAGCAUAAUGAGUAAAAAGAAACACUAUCUCAUUGUGAAGAAUAUUGGAUUGGUUGGUGUAAUAGACACAGUUGCUAUUUUUUCCUUGCUCUUUGAAAAGUUAAUUUUCUCUUUCAUCAAAUAACUAGCGGACUACUAAUAGCAUAUAAGGUUUUAGAGGGAUUUGCAUUAAAGAAUGUAGCUGAGUGCCUUAUCUGCUUUUGGAACCAAAGUGACAUAUGGAUGUUCUUUUACUAUUAAAACCUUAGGCAACGUCUAACACACUUGCUGAAAAUUGCCUUGGGCUGGUUUUAAGUGCACAGAAUAGCAAUGUACCUCAUGCAUCAAACACAUCUACAGGUCACUGUUUAUUCAGUUAUUUCAGCUGUAAGGGGCUUGAGACAUGAAAACUGUGAAGAAAUAAAUUGUUUGGAUACCAGUGAGGGUUGAUGUGCCACCCUGUUAAUGUCAAAUAAGAAAUGCUGCUACACUAGACCACACAAAUGUAGCUUCAGAAACAACAUUUUACAAACAGCUGAAAUGCAUUCAGUGCAAUCAUUGUAUUCACACAAUGAAAAUCCACUUUUAGCUCCUGCCUCAAAGGGCUGUUUGUGUGUGCAUGAUGGUGUACAGCAAAUUCUGCAAAAGUGCAGAAAAUCUGCUCCAAUCCAGCAAUGUUGCAAUGAAGUAUUGUGUCAUAAAGCAUUACAGCUGGGAAAGACGGUAAGAUCCGACAACCUCAGCAGAGUGUGUAGGAAGAAAUUGUGUGGGUUGAGUGAUUGACAUGGCUCCUUUCUGUGCCCAACGUUGCCAGCCCCUGGUCCUGUGGGUGAAAGAUAAUGGUUUUGUGUUUGUUUUGUUAGCAUUCCUUUUUCAUCCCAGCUUGUAAAAGCAACUCAUGAAGCCUUCGGAUAAGGCAACUAGAACCUUUUCAUAUGUAUAAUACUGCUCUGAUCCAUUGAGAUAAGAUAGGCAAGUAUGAAUAACAAAUAUUAAGGGAAAGUAUCAUUUAUUUCUUUAUCGAAGCACAUAAAAUGAAUCCUGAACUUUAUUAGAAAACAAUGCCCUUUAUUUAUUGAACAGGCAGGACUAGGUGACAUAUGAUGUUAACAACUAGAAUCACACAUGGAGAUUUUAAUUAAGAGCAAAAGCUGUUUGGCAAGACUAAUUUGAAAAGCAAAGAUUAGCACAACUUGCUAGAGUUCAACAUUGGCUUUGCACUGGUGUUUAAAAGAAACCCUGUAUGCAUUAUAGAAGGCACAGUUGCGGAGGCGAAAGCCAUAGCUGUGUGCUCUGUGCUAUGUUUCACAGCUAAACAGACACAUGAUUUCUUAUGAAAAAUAUCUGGUAAUCUCAAACACUGAGCUGUGAAGUGAACUAAUUAAAUGUUUCAUGUUGCACUAACUAAUUCCUAAAACUAUUCCCCAAGUAUUAGUAGAGCACUUGGCAGGAAGAUGGAUAAUCUAAACUGGGCACAGUAUUUGUCUGUGCAUAAAGAAAGACACUAAUGAGCAAUUCAGCUGAAUGUGAAAUUAUACAUUUGUUUCAGAGGCACGGUUUUUUACAAAACAAAAUAAUCACAAAGAAAAUUAUGAUAGCAGAGCUUCAUGUUGCCAAACAAAUUUCUAGAAUCUAUAAUUUAGGGGUUAAAAAAUCAUGAUAGAACCCCCCCCACACACACACUCCCUCCAUGUGCUAGCAGAGCUCAGAGAUUCAGAUAUUUGAAUAGAGUUUUCACACAUUUCAUUGGAAACAGUUAAGGUGUAUCUACAUAUUGACAAAUGUUUCUGUGUACUCUUGUUGAUUUGUACAGCUCAACUAUUGUGUACAAUCAGCGACUAUUAUAUGUAAAGAACAAUACAAGCAUACAACUCUUUCUGUACACAACUACACAGACUGAAGACUUGCUGAAUUUAAUAUGUGAACACUCCUGCAAUGACAUUGAGACAGGUCAUUAAAUCCCCCUUAGUGAACUACCAUAACUUCCAGAACAACGUUCUUUUUCUGAAUGUGUGAUCUGGAUGCAAGAGAAAAAGAAGCAGAGGAAAAAAUUAUGUUGUUCCAGAGCCUCUCAGUGCUCAAAAGCAUUAAGGUGCCACAAGAAGCUGGAAGGCAUGGAGGCAUUUCAAGUCUACCCUUACCCAACCUCCAUCAAACUGGCACAAAAAAUAUGGAAUAUUGCCUUCCUCCAGCCAUAUUGAUUGUUAUUCAGUGGUCCUUCUGCCAAUUACAAUGAAAAAGAAAUAAAUUUCCGCUUCAGGGUGACUCAGUCUGGGAACUGUAGCUCUGUGAGGGUAAUAGAGUCUUCUAACAUUCUCAGUACCCUUAACAAACUGCAGUUCCCAGGAUUCUCCACGGAAAGCUGUGACUGUCUAGAGUGGUAUGCUUAAAUACAUAGUGCUAUGCUUUAAAUGCAUAGUGCUGAUGGGACCUCAAUGCUCAAAUGACAGUUCUUUGCAACCUUUUCACAAGGUAACUUGGAUUUUCUCAGUUUGAUUUCCCAUUUUAAUCGCUGUCACUUUGGUAUCUGCAGUCAAUCUCCAUUGCCAACUUUAGACAGCUCCCCAGUCAUUAUACUUCUGCAGACCUCAGUGGCUUGUACAUUGCAAGUUUGCAAACAACUGUUACAUAGAAUUAGUGUCAAAUCUACCUAUGACAGCGAUGUCUUCUGAACAGAAAUAAAUGUUAUCGGAAGUGACCUAUGAAAAGACAACAGAUUUAAUGUUUACUGUAAAAGGCAAAAUAAUCAUUGCAGUUCCCAUCCAGGGAGAGUUAGAGGGGGCACACACCUGCUCAAAUGUUUCGGCUCAUAUUCCAUUGAGCAUCUGUAUCUAUGGGUGACUUCCAAUGCUAGCUGUACUCAGAUAAAAUCCAAUGAAAUUCAUCAGCUUGAGUUAAUUGAUUUCUUUUAUUUCAAUGGAUCUGCUCUGAAUAUAAUUGAUGUGGAUUUCACUGUAUAUCUAUUGCUACCGUGAGGUACAAAUGCGUUUGUGUCAGGGGGUAUUCAUUUGUUUUGUUCUUGUUUUUAUUCUAUAUUUUGUGUUUUUAUUUUGUAUUUUUAUGCUGUGAACCACCAUGAGAUCUUCAGAGGAAGGGCAAUAUACAAAUUUAUUAAAAUAAUAAAUAGACGUCAAAUAUCAAAUGCUUUUAAAUUACAGUUUUAGAUUGUGGGUUGCUUGUUUGUGAUUAUAGCUUCAAUUAUCCAAAACUAGAAAGUGUGCAUUGUCCAACCCUAUGGAAAGCUGAAGUGGCAUUUAUUUAAGGUUCUUUGAAAAAUAAAAUAAGGGAGGAGACAAGUAAAAAUUGCCAUGUGGAGAUGCACCAUCUUCAAAUACUGGAGGGGGGGGCACACACAGAAAGGGAACUACAGAAUACAACAAAAUGAGAUGCAGCUAAGCUCAUGUUUCCACAAUGAUAGGCUAUUUAAUCAUAAUUGCUAUUAUGUGAAAGAAAAUAAACUCCAGUAUGUGUAUAGUUUAAGAAGAUUAUGCUAUAAUCUUGAUGUGCUGUCAUUAGUGUAAGCCUGCUCAGGAGCAUUGCAGAGCCUGGAGAUGGAGCUUUCAUGAAUUCUGUUUACAAGCUGUGAAGGAAAUAUAUUAUGCAUACAGUGAGCUCUGCUAAGAGUCUGGGCUGCUUCCCCUAAGGUUACAACAAAUGCAAACCUUCUGGAUUCGUAUGAUGAUGAAUCUAUUGUGAAAAGAUGGUUACAGGACUAGUAUGACGGCACUUUGAAGAGCCAAAGAAGCUAUUUCCAUUGUGGAAUGAUGUGUCCACAUAGUGCAUGGGACCUUGAUGCUUUCCUUACCAGGGAGUAUCCGAGCCAAUCCAUUUUCUAGCAUGGCAAGGCAAGAUGGUCAAUGCACUUGUAGCAAGUGGGUCAUGUUUGCAGUCUGGCUGCCACAUUUUGGAACCAGUUGCUUUACAAGGACAGCCUGAAAUGCCAAAUUACUUAGAAGUCUGGAAGAUCAGGGUUCUCAGUCACACAUGAAGCCCACGUGAAUGGAGUAGACUCUAGUUUCUUCCCACUCAUGCACUGGAAGAACUGGGCUUUGCAGCCCACCCCUAUUUCUUAUUACAGUGCAUAGGUAAGCAGUCCUGAAGAGAACUAUAGAGCUGAGUGAUAUCUGUGCAUUGAUUCCACCUAACUUUGAAGCUCCAGAUUACUUCUCUCAAUUUCAUAUACAUGUGGUAAACCACUGAGCCUUUUAAGAGACCAUUUUAUGGCUCUGGUUUCACUUGCCUUACCUUGUUCUAUAAACUAUGGAAACUAGUCUAAAUCAAAUUAGAUCAGGUUUAGAAUCAGGAGGACUCGUGUGCAGAAAGCCAGGAAUUGGUUGGGUUCUUCCUCCAAGGAUCCUUCACUAAAUGAUUGACCAGACAACUCAAGUAAGUAGCCCUUAAUUUUGCUGGCUGUCUUGGUGUCAUUCAACUUGAAAGUUUAUCGCAAGAGUUUUAUCAGGUAGUUGUCUCUCAUUUAAAUCUAAAAAUUUAUCUUGUCCCCAGGUGCGUUUGUUCAGAGAUGAGGGACAUCAUGUUUUCAAGUGCUUGUCAAUUAUGACUCGUGUUGCUCACAUACACCAUUGUUUUAGGGAUGAAUGAGUUUGUGAGACUUGUCUUGAAUGCAACUAGCAAAGAAGGGACAUGUGCUAUUUGUGUGUGUAUCUGUGUGUUUUCAAACAAAUCUCAGAUUCAUUUCUUGGUUUGAUUAAAAUAUGCUGUCAUUCUGUCUAAAUGGAUGUUCACAAGGGCAUGAAAGUUGGUGCUUCUUUCUCACUUCCAACUGUCGAUUAGAAAAUGUUGCCUUUCCAAGUGUCAACUCAGGCAGCUGGGGGAUACAUGGUUUCUUCGUCUCCCCUAAUUUGCACUGUUCUAAAUCCCUAGAAGUUACUGAGUUAAGGAAAAAGGAAGAUAGGUCUUUCCCACAGGGAAGGAAUGUACUUUUCCCUCCUUCUGUCCCCAGAAGCUUCAGGUCACAACAAGAAAGUGGUGCUGCCACUUUUUCAAUUGAAGUUCAGGAUUUUAGUAGAAGAUCAGAUUCCCCCUGGCCUGUGUUUCUUCCCUGGUGGAAAAAUCAGUGAAGGGGGAUACUCACAGAUUCAUGCCAUCUAGGUUAUUCCUGUCAAUGACAGAACAUCACUAAUAAGAAGGAAAAAGUUGGGAUCAGGGAGGAAGAGAUUUAACUAAUCUCGAUUGUAGCAGGAAUCUGCAGCAUGUUUUUAAAUUGUUUUACAUGUAAUUGUUUGAGGUUGAUGAUUUUUUUUUAAAAAAGUUUUUAUAUAUGCAAUUAUUUGAUUAUGUGUGUGUGCGUGUUUAAUUUGCUACUGUAUUAUAAAUCAUGAUGAGAAGCCACAUAGGAAGGAAUUAAUAAAUGAAAUAAGUAAUACAACAUUAACUAGCUUUUGAUCACUUCAAUUGAUCUAUUGAUGCCAAUUCAAGUAAACAACUUUGUAUUGCAGAAUCCCUAUGGGAAAAAUAAAACAUGAUGGAAGCCCUUAAAUAACCAUACUAUCACAACUUAUUUUCUACCAGUACAUUAACAAACAAGAAGGCUUUAUGACAACCAGUUUGACAGGUUUGAAAACAGUGUAUUAAUCAAGAGAGGUAAGUAAGUUGCACAGUUAGUUGGCUCCAAGACAGAGAAAACCCAGGUUCUCGUGAUCCUCAAAGUAGCACCCCCACCCCAAGCACUGAUUAUUUGUUAAAUAGGUUUAUCAUAAAUUUGUGUUGGAUGACAUUUGGCAUACUAAGCCUUUUUGGAACUUAUCAUGUAAUAAUGCUUUUGCACCAUAUCUUUAUUUUCUAGGCAUAACUCAUAAUAUAAAUUUAAUUUAUCUUUCUGAUAAAUAUUAUAAAGAUGUUUUUAUAUUUCAAGAAGAGGAGGCAUAAGGAUACAGAAUCAUACUGUAUGUUUCAGCCAGCAUUCAAGGAGGAUAGAGAGUAGGACCAUUUAGGCAUGGGGCUCUUUGAGGGGGCCACUAUCUGGGUGAGAGGGCAUGACAUGGGCCGAAAUCCUAAGGGCUGGAUAGAGAGGCUUGGAGGGCUGAUGCCCAUACUGCUCUGGUGCAUCACCUGAAGAUGGCUUCAAAAUCAAGACCUGAAAAUAUGCUCCCUGCACUUAACAAUAUGACUUCUUAGGUAGCUAAAUGUGGAUUAUUAGCAUUAUGUGGUGCUAGGGUAACAGCAGCAAAAGUCUCUCUUUACCAUAUGCACUUUAGAAGAAUGCCAGUUAUUAAAAUAUGUGUUUUCUUUCAUAAAACCUAAUGGUUAAAAAAGGGGAGUGGGGAGAGCUAAAUUCAGCAAACAGUGUCGUUGAGCCGCAAGGGAAAAACAAUCUGUAGCAAGACAUCAAAUUGGUUUCAGUGAAAUAGCUGAGGAGCCCAAGCCAAAGAAUGCUGCUGCUGCAUUGUGUUUGCAUUUCUGUGAUGGGAUUUACAUAACUCAACAUGACAUUAUAUUGGCUGAGACACAAAUCUAGUCCUUAAUCCAACAAGACGCAAAGUGCUCACUGUGUUGUGUCACCAAGAUCUCCUCUGCCAGCCUUCUGUAUCUUGCCCAGCCAAAUACAAUCUGUAUGCAUAUUUAUCCGUUUAAUGCUUGGCUGCAUGUUUCCCAGCUCCCAUAUAGUUGCAAAGAUACAGUAUACCGAUAUAAUAUGUUUUCCUGGCAGUAUAGCACUUUGCUAUUGAUAUGGAUGUAUAGAAUUGGCAACUGGAUUUUUCUUUUGCUGCAAGGUUGGAAUGUAAAAUGCCUCUCUUCAUCCCCCAUUCCCCAUCCAAUCAACAUUUUCUUCUCCUGCUUUGUUUUCCUCACUUCUUUCUCUGCCCUCUUGUUUACUGUCACUUAAUGAGCUUUAUGUGGUGGCAGCACCAUUAGAAUCACAAUCUCUCCAUUCACAAGGUAUCAUAAAACAGAGAUAUUUGAGCACCCGCAGUGAAAAAUACAGUUCUAAAUAUUGACUGUUGAUGGAUUUCAUUCAAAAUACUAAAAUUUAAAAAUAAUAAAUCAGACAGUGAUUGCUAGUUCUCUUGAGAGGUUCUAAAUUUCUUCUUGGCCUUCACUGUUGUUCUGACGUCAGGAAAAAUGCUGCCUUCUAUAAGGAUAAAAAUAGGCUGUGGCAAUGAUAAUAUUUUCCAACUAAUUAUCUACAAUGGUUUGCAGGGACGAUCUGUCACAGCAUUCACUUUCACUGCUCACUUGAUGGACCCAUGUUUGGUGCCACUGAAGAACAGUGGACUGAAAUGAAGAUACAGAGGCUGAUGGAAUAGUUAGGCCAGAAGACUGAUGCCCACGGUGCAUAGAGCACCUUGGAACAAAAUAAUUGCAAAUUAUUUUAAAAUUUGAAAGCUCUUUUACACAUGAGUAAUAUGAGUCUAUGCUAUGCAGUCACAUUUCCAUUUUCCAGAUCCUUAUGACACCUAUUUCACAUGAGAUUAUACUAACAAUUUAUGAAGGACUAUGGGGAGUUAUAGGGACGCAGGUGGCGCUGUGGGUUAAACCACAGAGCCUAGGACUUGCCAAUCAGAAGGUCGGCGCUUCGAAUCCCCACGACGGGGUGAGCUCCCGUUGCUUGGUCCCUGCUAUUGCCCACCUAGCAGUUCGAAAGCACAUCAAAGUGCAAGUAGAUAAAUAGCUACCGCUCCGGCGGGAAGAUAAACGGCGUUUCCAUGCGCUGCUCUGGUUUGCCAGAAGUGGCUUAGUCAUGCUGGCCACAUGACCCGGAAGCUGUACGCCGGCUCCCUCGGCCAAUAAAGCGAGAUGAGCGCCGCAACCCCAAAGUUAGGCAUGACUGGACCUAAUGGUCAGGGGUCCCUUUACCUUUACCUUUAUGGGGAGUUAUAUUUGAUGAUGAUGUCCAACUCUGAAAAAAAUGUUGCAUUUUGAAUGCUGGUGGGCUGAGGCAUUUCCAGUGCCCUUUUUGUCAUGCUUGGUUGAAUUCCUAUAGCAGCCCUAUUUAUAAUCUCCAAACUAAGCAUGCCCAGGAGUCAACUAUGUUUCUUUAUCCAUCCCCAGAGUGGCUUGUUGAAGCCAUCUACGGCCCACUUUCUACCAGAAUUAAGCAACUAUAAAAUUUUGCUGGCCCUAACCAUAGGGCGGCCUUAUGUCCAGAUUUUCCUAGACAUUACUGGAAUUUCAAAGGAGGAAUAGAUGUCCAGAGGGAAAUUCCGAAAGGCAAUGCUUUGUCCUGGAACUUAGGGAAGUCAAUUGAAAAAUUGUGUCUACAAGGACACUUUGGGGUGUCCUGGUUUUUACUUUUUGAAAUAAAGCAACCCUACCUAAUAAUGGAACUGUGUUCUACUCCAUGCUGGAGGCUUGACUGAAUUCAUGACUACCAAUAAGAGAGAAACAUUUCCAGUGGGUCCAGAGCCCUAGGUAUUCUGGACCCAUUGCAGAAGUGUUUUUACUUCUCCAUUGCUACUUUGGAGGUGUUGGGUAUGUUAUCUCAUAGACAAAUGAAGUUCAAGCUUCUCACUGAGAAAUCCUUGAGGUUUAUUGAAUUCUGCAUCUGAAUGCAGAACCAUCCAGUGCAAUGAGAGGUCCAUAACAAAAGCACUUCCUCACUGCAUUCAAGGGGCAUCAUGUUAUGAGGUGGAACUCUAGUGUGUCCCAGGGAAUCAGGAAGUCACAAGGCAUAUAAAACCCAACUGAAAUGAACACUGAGCUCUUUAUUCAUGCCCAAAGUGAACUGCAGAAGCAAUUCUAGCUUCUUGUAUACACUCCAGAGUUUGGGUGGGCUCAAAUGAUUUAACUCCACCCUCUACUGAAGUUAUGGGGAGAGAAAAAUGACAGUUCCUUCUAAAGCUGUUUCAAUUUUCCCAGAAGACUUUUUUCAGAGAACACUUUUUUUGUUCCCACCUAAUGAGAAAAUUAAGGCAACUUUGCAAUCAAUCAAUCAAUCAAUCAAUCAAUCAAUAAAUUAAAAAUUGUGAAUAUUCUCUCUCAUUCCACAUGCAGUGUUGUGAAAUGCUGCCUAGGGCUGAGGUGUUUUGGAGGAUACAAGAUGGUGACCAGAUUCCUAACAUAUCUAUUUUCCUUUGCAACCACAGUAAAAAGGAGGGGAAAGGAAACAUUUGGAAAAAGGAAGUCAUUGUGUUACUGUCCCUAACAAUGUUGUAAUGAGAAAUUGUAAGAAAAUUUCUCCUUCCCAUUCAUAAAACUGUCCCACAAUUUUUCUGCCCUCAAUUAGGAUGAUAACUUUUUGCCAGUUGUUCACUGCUCUGAUUCCUUCUAUCCAUCUCUACUAAACCCUUUCUGUAAGCAGCAGCAAAAAACCCCCCAAAAAACCUCAAUUUCUCAACAGAAACUUUUUGGGCAAAACAGGCGUGAUUUUGUUUCAAACUGUUUUAAAAGCACUAUAAAGCUACAAUAAAGUAAAUUUUAGAUCCCAUAAACCACUACAACAUCUGCCACCAAACAGUAUUCCAGUAACUAUACCUUCAUAGUAGUUUAGCAUAUCUUUCCUUCAAAACACCAUCUGGUCUGAUCUAUAAAAACGAAUUUGUAGUAUAUGGGCUUUUUAGAAUAAUCAGCAAAUUGAGUUUUGGCAUAACACUACUGGUAUUCAGAAAUGCAGAAGGCAAGAUAGCAGCUCAGAAGAAUUCCAUCGAUUCUAACAUGCAGCAAACAUGUUCAUUCUGCACUAUUGUCUCACUAGUUACUAGAAAGAAGAAAAGCAAUUAUUUUCAGGUCUUGUUGGCCUUGAUUAGGCGUUUUCUCCUUGUUUAGCAAGGGCCAUUUUGUAUUGUCCAUUCCCACUUUUCAAAAACCCUAAUAUCAGUGCUUUUUUUCUGGGGGGAUGCAUACCCCUAAACAUUUUGUGAAUCUUUGUACUUUUGUCCAUUUACUAUAUUUAUUUUUCCUGAUUUGAACUAUAAAAUUGUGAUUUUCUUGAGUCAAAAUGAGAGUACCCCUAAACAUUUUAAAGAAAAGAAAGCACUGCCUAAUAUGCACAAGAAGAGCUCCAGAAAGACCUUUCCCAAAGCAAUACGUUGCAAUUGCAUCCCAAGAGGCACAUGUGGGGAUGCUCCCAAAGGAUCAGUCUUGUUCAGGACAAAUAAAGAGGUGCUCCUGCAUCACUAUAUUCUCAUGCAGUGGUACCUCGGGUUAAGAACUUAAUUUGUUCUGGAGGUCCGUUCUUAACCUGAAACUGUUCUUAACCUGAGGCACCACUUUAGCUAAUGGGGCCUCCCGCUGCCGCCACACCAUUUCUGUUCUCAUCCUGAAGCAAAGUUCUUAACCCGAGGUACUAUUUCUGGGUUAGCGGAAUCUGUAACCUGAAGCGUCUGUAACCUGAAGCAUCUGUAACCCGAGGUACCACUGUACAUCAGAAAAGUAAUACACUACUAUCCUAGAUAGUACUGUCUCAACACUAUUGGUCAACAGGGAAUCUGAGUAUUGACGCAUGUACUUUCCCCAUAAUCCCUCUGAUAUAACUAUUGGAGGAACCAAGUUAUUGUUAAAUGGUUGGCAUAUAUUGUUCUUGAUGGCACAUUAACAAAUGUGCCAUCAAAAGUAUCUGCGCUGAGUAUCUGCAACACAUCUAAAACUGAACCGGCUCCCCAUCUCAGCUGCUAUGAGGAGAAUAAUAAUCACAGAAUCAUGUUUCCUUCAGAAUGAGGCACUGAUGAGACUGUGGUGUCUAGGCCUGAGCGAUAUAUUGAUAUAUUGCCCAGCACCAGUAUAUCGAGAUGUCGGCUUCACUCAGCGAUAUAUCACUGGUGUAUUAGCGAGGCAAGUUCAGGGAGGGGGUCCCACCCAAUUGCUUUCUCAAACACAUCUACUUCUUUUGUUACCUUAAUGGCCCAACAGAAAGUUAAUCUCAUAACAAUAUGUCUGUAUUAUAAAUUACUUAUACAACUAACAAUUCAUAUACAUACACAAUUUUUCUUACAAAAAAAUAAAUUGACAGUUUUAAGCAGCAAUUCCAAACAAAUACUUAAACUACUCUAAUAAUGGAUGGUUCCUUGCAAAUGAGUAAACCAAAUAUAUAAGCUGAAAUCCAGUUCCUAACGCAGUUAGUUGCUGCCAAUAACAGGGGUGGAAGCCAUGGGUAGGGAAUUUUAAAAUGAGUAAUGGAACUGAGUAAUCACUCUGACAACUGAGUGAUUCAUAAAUCAUAAAUUCUGGACAAGGGUCUAGAACAGGGGUCUGCAACCUUUAAGACAAAAAGAGCCACUUGGACCCGUUUCCGAAGAAAAAAAACCUGGGAGCCGCAAAACUUGUCAUUAUAAAAAUAACUUUUUUGUCACUUUACUCCUCCUCAUAGAAAUAAAUGUUAAAUUAACAAGUUACCUUUUUUGUGUGUGUGUUCUUCACUCCCCUUCAAAACAGUGACCAGCGUACAUGCCCCCUUACAAUGCAGUGACCAGCGUACAUGCCCCUUACAAUGUAGCGGGCGGGCGGGCGGGAAGGUGAUGUCAGGACGGUGUGUGACUAACGCACGCACCGCCCCCAUGCGACGUCACAGCCAGUACAGCGGCCACCACAGUGGGGAGUGUUGGGGCGCACAAUGCGCCUCCUCUCCUCGUUAGUAUCCGUCCCGGAGCCGCGGCAAAGGUUUUAAAAGAGCCACAUGCGGCUCUGGAGCCGCGGGUUGCAGACCCCUGGUCUAGAAUGUUAAAUGACAAGUAAAAUCUUCUCUUUGCUAACUUACUGCUUGCCUGACCUGUGAAGGGUUAACAAGUUCACAUUACUUCAUUUAAACUAGAAAAACAGUUUCCUAAUGAAAUAGCAGUACUUCCUAAGAGUGUGUGUGUUGCAAAAAGCAAUAAUAAGCAUGUGAGGAGCUUAUGCCAGGCUCUACAUUCAAAUCAAGCAUAAUAAAUAAAACAUUUUAAAGUGAAGCUGUUGACGGAUGGGCAAGUGGAAACAAGGUUAUAAUGAUCGAUUGGGGGGAUGAUAUGAAACAAAUUAAAGUGUCCACUCAUUAAAGCAACAGAAAACACUUUAUUGUGUAUUUGGCUUGUGUCUAUUAGGCUGGCAGACCAUUUGGUGGCAAUUUAAGCAUCUUUAGCCUGUGA